CGGCUUUCUACAUAUAAUCAAUCGUAAAAUUGGAGCAACGGAAAAUGAAAUUUUAAUAUUUUAAAAUAUUUAUAUACAAUACACAAAUACAUAUGUACAUUAAUGUAUGUAAUAUGUGAUACUCUACAAAGUCCCUACGUGCGAAUAAUAAUAUUUGAAAAGAAAAGAAAAAAUUAUUUAAAAAAAGGAAAAAAAAGCUAUUAAAUUGCUACUUAUAUUUUGUUUUACAUUUUUUUUUUGGUUUUUAUAUUGAAAAUUGCAAAUUCAAAUAAUUUUUGUGUGGUGUUAAAGAUUUAAAAAAAUGAAAAUAAUUAUAAAAUUUUGAUUGAAAAAAAGAAAUAUUUUGAAUAAAAAAAUUAAAAAAAUUGAGGAAAAAGACCCCAAAUGGUAUUGAUGGGUAGGACGUAUUAUACAUACGAAAAUUAAAUUAAUUUCAUACCUCAAUAGAAGAGAAAAAUCAAUGAAUUAAUCAUUAAAUAUAAAAGAAUUGUUAAAAUAAAGAAAUAAAUGAAUAUGUGAUUGUUAAUACUCGUAAUUUAUUAUAAAUGUGUUAAUAUUGAAUUUUUCAAUAAUUUUAUUUCUGUUUUAAGUUCUAUAAGAAUUUUAUAAGGUGUUAAUAUAAAAUUAUAUACAAAAUAUUUAGAAAUUCUAUAUGAUAAUUGAAAAAGACUAUUUCCAUUUAUUAGAAUGGAUAAGGAUCCGACCAAAAAUAAAACGGAUCCACCACCAUCAACACCAAAAGAUGGUGGAUUCGAUAGAGAGACUACUAAAAUUGAAAUAAAAACUGUGUCAAUGGUAAAUCCUAAUGACAAACAACAAAAGCAAGAACAACAGCAACAACAACAAAAGCAAUUAGGUUCACCAGUACAAAAAACAACAACAUACCAUUAUGAAAGAACUGUAGAAACUGCACCCAGAACAGUAGAAACUGAAUCAAAAACUGAUCAAAAUGUGUCUUCAAAAGUAACAAGUGAAAGUACAUUCACUUCUGGUACUACGAGUAAACCGACAACACCUCUUUCAUCGCAUCGUUUACGGGACAAAGUUGCGUUUAUGGAAAAAGUAUGGUCAUCUGGUGGUAGUAGUAGUAGCAAACGUUCCUUUGAUGAAAUCGAUCAUCAUACAACACCAUUUGAUUUAAGUUCAGGUGAUGAUAAUGUUUUUCAUGUGGAUGUACAUGAAAUUGAAAAACGUUUGAAAGCUGAUAGAGAACGUCGUUCGACAUCAGAUGAAAAUCCACGUGUAGAAUUUGUAAAAUUAAGAUCAACACCUCAAUCAUCUCCAAAACGUAAUAUUGAAUAUGCGGAUGACACAAAUAAUAAUUUUCCGCAAGUUACCUUAAGACAUGUUGAUACAAGUAAAUCUGGACGUGAUAGAGGAGCUAGCGUUGAAAGUGAAACAUACGAAGAAAAUAUUGAAAAAUGUGUUGAAGAAAGUCAUUCCCAAGAUAAUUCACGCACAAUAAAAUUCGAAAAAACCACUGUUAAAAAAUCUACCCGAGAAGUAAUUACAACCGGACCAGAUGGUACAACAACCAAAACUGUCGUUUUUGCUCCAGAAGAAUCACAUCGUUUUAGUAAAAGUCGCACACCUUCUGAAGAACGUGUUUCUAGACAUACUGUUAUCAAAGAUGAUGGUUCAUUUGGACCAAUUAAGUUUGGUUUGGGGCAUCAUCACCAGCCACAACAACACCAACCUAAUUAUGCUCAAAUGCAUGAAAAAUUUGCCGCGGAGGAAAAAAUUGAUAGUAUUCGUACAAGAAUUACAACAACACCACCUCGUAGUACUGUGCUACAUUCUGGUGGCAUUACACCAACUCUGCCAACAAAAAGUACUACACCACCGCGUACAUUAUUACAUUAUCGUACAAGUUCAUCACGUACAACACCACAUCAUUCAUCAAUAAGUCCAACUAGUUCUUCUGGUGCGACUGGUAUUAUACGUUGGAGUGAAUCUAAAGAAAUACCACCGUUAUCAACAAGUACCGGCACUACAAAUACAAUGGGAAUAAAAACAUUGCAAAAACCACCUGAUAUUAAAAAUGUUGAUGUUGGUCGCAUUAAAAAUAUAGGUGAUGAAGCUAUUAAAAAACAACAAUUAGUUACCACCGCCACCGGUACUAUCGAAACUACUGGAAGUAAUAUUAUUACACCAGGCAACCGAAAUCAACAAAUUCAUUGGAAGGAUGAUAGCAACACUCAACCACAACCAGAAUUAUACCAAGUUAAAAUUAGUAAUAAACCAACCGAAUUGAUUAGUCGUGAUUUAAAAUCCUUUGAAGACGGUACUAAUCCGGAUAUAAUUAAAACAAAAAGGAUAUCAAUUGAAAAAAGAAAACAAUAUAGUUACAGUGGUAGUGGUAGUGGGGGCGGCGGUAGUGGAAGUGGUGUUGGAAGUGAUGGAAUUAAAGAUGUGUCAUACCAUUUGAGUGACGAUAUAAUAAGUCCUAGUAGUCCAACAACAAGCGGUUUCAUAAGUAGUAGUAGCGGUAUUACCGCACCAUUAUUAACACGUAAACGUAAUAUAAGUACUGGUGCAACUGCUACCGAUAGUAUCGAUGAAAUAAGUAGUAGUAGCAAUAGUAGCUCAUUACAUUCAUCUGAAUGGUACAACGAAUAUAGACAUCAGCAAUCGCUUUUACAUACAGGCAUGUCAUCAGCUCGACAAUUUGCAAGAAGUAAUUCGCAAUAUGAUAAUCAUAUUAGGGAAAUACGAGAGGAACAAGAACGUGUCCAAAAGAAAACUUUUGUUAAUUGGAUUAACUCAUAUCUUUCCAAGCGUAUACCACCGCUAAGGAUUGAUGAUUUAAUAAAUGAUUUGCGUGAUGGUACUAAACUUUUGGCAUUACUAGAAGUAUUAUCCGGUGAAAAACUACCAGUUGAAAAGGGCAGAGUAUUAAGGCGUCCACAUUUUUUGAGCAAUGCCAAUACAGCUUUACAAUUUUUAGCUAGUAAAAAAAUUAAAUUGGUUAAUAUUAAUCCAGCCGAUUUGGUGGAUGGGAGACCACCAGUUGUAUUAGGAUUAAUAUGGACAAUUAUAUUAUAUUUCCAAUUAACAAAAAUACGUAGGAAACGUAGAAGAGUCAGUAGUUAUAAUGAAUUAGACUCUUCAGGGAUCGAAGAGAAUAGCCGGGCACUUGAAUAUUUGGGUCACGGUUUAAGUGGAUCGGUUAGUUCUCUUGAUAGUGCAUCACAUGCUCCAAGUGAUGUUAAAGCUGAAAAAUGGAAACAAGGUGCCAGAAAAACAUUAUUACAAUGGGUUACAAAUGCACUGCCAAAGGAUAUUCAAGUACGAGAUUUUGGCGCCAGUUGGAGAGAUGGUGUGGCAUUUUUGGCUUUAAUCGAUGCAAUCAAAGCUAAUUUAAUUAAUUUAGCUGAAUUAAAGAAAUCAACGAAUACAAAUCGCCAACGUUUAGAAACAGCAUUCGAUGUUGCUGAAGCAAAAUUAGGUAUUGCAAAAUUAUUAGACGCCGAAGAUGUUGAUGUAGACAAGCCGGAUGAAAAGAGUAUUAUGACAUAUGUAGCGCAAUUCUUGCACAAGUAUCCUGAACCAAAGGGUUCUGGUCGUGAAGGAGUUGGAAGUCUCCAAGACGAAACAGAGGAAUUGCGUAAUUGGUUAAAAGAAAAGACAACAUAUUAUGAACCAAUGGUUCAAAUGAAUUCAUUCCCGAUGGAUUUUGGGGAAUAUUUAUUGGCACGUGCUGAAGUUGAUGCUCGUCAAUCAACAUAUAAAAAAUUGAAAAAUAUUAUUGAAUCACCAUCUGGAUUCAUGCAAAUCAACAAACAAUCCUGGGAAGAGAUAGAACGUUUAUGGAAAUUAUUGAAUUAUCAAUUGUUAUUAUGGCUAUGGUUACUUGACUCUGAACUACCUGGUGAGUUUGGAAUUGUUGGCAAGUGGCUAGCCGAAGCUGAAAGAUUAUUAAUGGACACUGAUGUACCAUCGGAAAUGAAUGAAGGAACAGCAACGAUUAUUAGUAGAAAGUUGGAAGAACAUAAACAAUUCUUUGCUGAUCUUCCUAGGAUUAUUGAAAUAUUCGAAAAUGCAAAACGAUCACCAUUAGCAUCGAAAGUUCCAUUGGAGCAAUUAAAAACAAUGGAAAAACGUUUAUACGACGUUGAACCGCGUGCUGCUGAACGUCGUAUUCGCUUAAAAUUCUUAGAGCAUAAAUGUUGUUUAAUUGCUUUCUUAAAUUUAGUUGAAAGUAAAAUGCGUAUGUGGACAUGCAAAUAUGGCUAUGAAGAAACUUGCCAACAAUUAUUAGAACAAUAUAAAAAUUUUGUAUCACGUAAUAAAAUAUUCCAAGAAUUCCAAAAGGCAUUAAUUGAUAUGCAACAGGUUGUUGAGGAAUAUAAACGUGAUGGCAAUAUUAGCCAACGUGAGUAUAAUGAAAUUGAUAAAUUUAUGCGUGAAACUGAAGAACGUUGGAAGCGUGUUUCAACUGAAUUAAAAUGCUGUCAAAAUAGUUUGGAAGAAGUAAUUACUUGUUGGGGAAGAUGGAAUGGAAAUGAACCUGAGUUUGAAAAAUGGCUUAAUAUUGCUGAACAAAAACUUCAUGCCAGUGAAGAUGAACGUUUAGAAUUCUUUAAAGAUAUUGGUGUAUGGCAUGAAACCUACAAAAGUUUAAGUGAUUCUGUUAAUUAUUUAAUUGCAUCUUGUGAAGAUCAAAUAUCAAAUGAAUUAAGACAAAAAUUCUCAAUGAUUUCGAAUCGGUGGGAAAAAGUAUUUGGCCAAACGAAACAAUAUAUGCAUGCUGGGGAUAUAAUACGCUCGCGUAAAGAAUUUAAAUCUGGUAUUGAAAAAUUAAGUACAUGGUUACGUCAUGCUGAGCAUGUACUGGAUACACAACCAUUAGGUUCAACAGAACAUAUUAAAAAAUACGGUGAGGAAUUACAAAAAUUGGCAAUGGAAAUUGAUGAAUAUGAAGAACUAUUUAAAACAAUUAGUCGUAAUUUCCAAAGCUUAAUACAAGAUUUACCUAAAGAUGAGAUUGAAAAAAUGAUGACAACAUUAAAGAAUGAAAAAGAAGCUCUUAUUAAAGUACGUUCUUUGAUACCAAUUAAACUUCAUUUAUUCCAUCAACUUUUGAUUCAACAAGAAUCAUUAGAAGCUGGACAAAAAGAAAUUCAUCAAUGGUUAGAUGAAGCUGAACAGUUACUUAGUACUCACAGUCUAGCCGGUGGCAGAGAACGUAUUACUGAAACUUUGACUAAACAUAAAACAUUCUUUUCACGUACUUUAUACUAUCGUUCGAUGGUUGAAAGUAAAAAUAAAGUCUAUCAGAACAUGUUGAAAUCAAUUGAAUCUGAUAAAACAAUUGAUACAACAGAAUGUACACAAAAAAUGCAACAAUUAAAUGAUCGUUUCAAUUAUGUAACACAACAAGCUCAACAAUGGGAACAAAAAUUAAGUGAAGCUGCUACAUCGUGGAAUCAUUUCAAACAAAGCGAACAAACUGUAACUGAAUGGAUUAGUAAAGCUGAAACAUUCUUAAUUGAACGUCAUACUGAAACAAAAACAACAAUUGAAACUCAAAAAAUGUUCUUUGAACACGUCAAUCAGCGUUGGAUGCAUGAUCUUGUUGAUCAAGCACAAAAUCUACUUAAAGUUGUACCACAUGCUGAACAGCAACCAAUUGUUGAAAGUGUUGAAAAAUUACAAAAGAAAUGGCGUGAUGUAUUAGGACAAGCACCAACACAUUUAAUGAAAUUAGAAUUCCGCCUAGAUGAAACUACAUUCUACUCAUAUAUUAAAGAAGUUGAAAAAGAAAUUAAUUUAGAACAGAUGGCAUUAAAUCGUAAUGAAGAUGUCGACUCAAUAUUAAACCGAAAUGAGAAUUUCUUUAGAAAUCAGGGAACUGUAAUGAAAAUUGAAAAGUGUCUUCAAAAUAUGAAACGUUUAAGUGAUGUUUAUCAAACACAACAACCUAAUGAUACUAGCUUGAAUGAAGCAUACCACAAUGCCGAAAAACAAUGGGAGGAUAUGACUGAACGUAUUGAAGAAAUGAGAAAAACUUUACAACAAAUUCCUGCGAAAUGGGACGAUUAUCAUAAGAAAUUCAGUGAAAUGGUUCAAUGGAUGGAUCAUGUUGAUGAAAGUUUGAAGGGUAUUGUAAAAGAAGUUAAUAGUAUGGAAGAGUUUGAAAGAGAAAAAGUUAUAUUCCAGCUGCGGGAGCUAGUGAAAAUAUGUCAAGAUGCUGACAAUAAACGUGAAGACAUGAAAUGGUUAGUCAAAACUUUAGAUUCUCUGUUAUCAUAUGCCACUGAGGAUGAAGCCAAUAUUGAACAGAAGAAAUUGGAAGCAUUAAUAGCACGAUAUAAGAAUUUAAUACCAACAAUUGAAAUUACAAUGGUUAAGACAGAAGUCUUCUCAAAAUGUUACACAUAUCGACGUGAAGUACAUGAGGUUGUUGGCUUGUUAACAAGAGUUCGUGAUCAAACAGCUAAUGCACCAAAACCAGAUAGCCUUGAUCGUGUCAAUAAAAUGAUACAAGAACAACAAUAUGCUAUUAAUCAAUUAGAUCAUCAAAGACCACAUAUUAUGUCAAUGUUACAACGUGGUCGUGAUCUAAGUAAAGAUGUUCAUGCACCAUCAUUUGUUAAUUCUGAGGUUAAAACUCUUGAAACCGGUUGGAAUGAUACAUAUUCUGAAACAGUUGAUAAAUUGAAAACUUUAAAAGGAACACAAAAUGUUUGGAAUGAAUUUGUUGAUCAAAAGAAUGAUAUAUGUCAUUUAUUACAAACAGCUGAAACUGAAUUACGUGCUUUGACACCAUUGCAAACUGAUCCAAAGAAUGUUCAUCAAGAUUUAGUAGCUAAACGUGAUUUAAAUGCAAAUUUACAAAAAGCCUCACAUACAAUGUUGCCGAAAUUACAUACAAUAUGUGAAGAUUUAAAACCAUUGGCAGCACCAGAAAAGGCACCAAUUUUAGAAAAAGAAGUAACCGAAGUAGAAAAACAAUUCUUCAAUACUGUUGAACAUGUUAAAGAUCGUGUUGGUUAUUUAGAAGAUUAUAGUGCUAAAUGGAAUAAUUAUAAGGGAAAACUAUCUGAUCUUCAAGAAUGGUCAAAUAAGAAUGCACCCAAAAUGAUUGAAGCAUUACAAUCACAAGAAUUGACACCAGAGGAACGUGUUGUUAAAACAAAUACAUUGAAAGCUGUGCUUUCUGAAAAAAUGAAAGUAUUAGAUAUGUUAGGUUCUGAUGCAGCUGAUUUAGCACCAAAAGAAGGUAAUAUUGCUGAAGCGAAACGUUUGAAGGGUGAAAUAUUUAAAUUGCAAGAAGUGUUAAGUGCUAUAAAUCGUAAUGUUAAUCACCAACAACAAGCUGUUCAAGAAGAUCUUGUUAGUUGGCAAAAAUAUCAAGCUGGAAUACAAGAGAUAAAACCUUUAGUUGAGCAAUGCGAAAUUAAGGUUAAUACAUCCUACCCUAAACCAACUACCCUACAAGAAGCUUUACAAUUAAAACAAACAGCAAAACAAUUUGAAAUGCAAUGUCAGGAGCAAUUAGACAGACUCCAAGACAUUUCCGCAUUAUCCCAUCAAAUGUUAUGUAAAACUAAUGCACCUGAUGAAUUAGAUGCGUUACAUUCCCGUUGGAUGGCAGUAUCUGAAAAUGCAAAACAACAAACAAUGAAACUAGAAAGAUUAGUAUCAAUAUGGCAAUCAUUCGAUAAUGAGGCUGCUAAGUUGGAAGAUUGGGUUAAUAAUGGCGAAAGAGAAAUUAAUAAACAAUUAUUAUCUCUAUUAAAUACUCCGCAUGUAGACAAAUUAGAAAAGGAAUUAGUUAAAUUGAAAUCAUUUAAUAAUGAAAUAUCACAACAACAAGCAAAAUUAGUGUCGCUUGGUCAAAUGUCGGAUCAAAUUGGUUUAAAUUUAGCUCCGGAAGGUGCAGUAGCAGUCAAAGAUCGCGUUAAUGCAAUGAAAGCAAAAUUAUCGCAAUUGUCUGAAGCAACAAGAGGAAAAAUUAAUCAAGUUUCAGAUUCAAUAAUUGCAAGGCAAGAUUUUAAUGCCAAAUUGGCCAAUUUCUCAAACUGGAUGGAUCAUUUACGUGGCAAUAUCGCACAAGUUGAUGAAAUCAAUCCAGAACGUGUUGAACCAGCUUUACAUGUUAUACAUGCAUUGUUACAAGAACAUUCAGAUAAAAAACCAUAUUUUAAUGCAAUUUACGAUGAAGUAAAACAAUUAAGUCUAAGUGCUGGACCAGAAGAAGCAGCAAUCUUAAAUGACUCAUAUACAACGCUCGUAACAAAUUAUCAAGAUUUAGAAACAGAUAUGCAACAAAAGAAAGCAGCCCUAGAGAAAUGGACUGAAUUAUUAGGUUGGAAAAAUGAAACUGAGAAUCAUUUAAAUCACUUAAAACUUCAAUUGGAAAAACCAAGCCCACAAGAACUUGAAAUAAUUAUCAAUGAAAUUGAUGAUGUUGCUAAAUCUUUAGUAUAUUGGAAAAACCAGGCUAGGCAAAUUGAUGACAAUCCAGCUGUACAAUUGAAAGAUUCUUUAACGAGAAAACCUCUUAGUGCAACGCUUAUUGUCAACGAUUUAGAAAACAAACUAGAUAAUCUAAAAAUUAAAUCUCAAAAUCAGAAAUCACAGUUGGCACAAAUGAAUGAACGCAAGAAUAAAUUCCAAACUUUGGAAGAACAAUUCCAGAGAGAAUUGAAAGUUAAUUCUGACCACUUUAAAAACAUAUUAAGUCAAAAACCCAAUAUCGAAAACAUAGAUAAAUUAAUUGCUGAUUUAAUUCUCUUAAAUGAUUCUGUCCAAAGACAAGGUGAUUUAAAAGCUAAAAUUCAUGAUGAAGGUUCACUUUUAAUGCGUGAAGAUAUUGCUAGUAUGCCAGCAAUACAAGAAGCUCUUUUAAUUAUUGAUAAAAAUUAUGAAACUUUGCAAUUGGAUGUUAACGAUCGCAUUCAAAAUUACCAGUUGAUUAGUCAAGCUUUGAAAGAGUAUGCUGACGUGAAAGAUAAAUUUGAUAAGGAAAUUCAAAAAACUGAAGAUUUGUAUUCUAAAAUUCCAGCUCAACCUAGAGACGAAAUGGAACUUCAGAAGGCAACCGAAUUGACGAAAAAAUCGAUGGAACAAGUCCGUAAAUCUAAGGCAAACUUAGAUGAAUUGGAUCGUAAAGCAAAUCAUAUUGCAAAAUUAUUCGAUUCAAUUAAUGAAAUUACUCCCAACGAAAUAACAUCCAGUCUUGAAGCAGCCAAAAAAAGAUGGCAAGAUAUUCAUGAUAAAACUUCCAAAAAUGUACAUCAAUAUGAAACGGAAGCAAUUAUUUGGAGCCAAAUAGAUGAUGCCAAGAGUGAACUAAUCCCAUGGCUUUCCGAAACAAAUCAAUCUUUAUGUGAUGCAGCUGAUAAUACAAUAGAAAUAGAAUUUGGUCCAAUGCGACUAAAUAAAUAUAGGUCAGAAUUACCGUCAUAUUCUACACUUAAAGACAAUAUUUUACAAAAAUCCAAAGAACUAAUUCAGAUAAAUAAUGGAGCUGAAAUACCUGCAUUAAGUCAAUUGAGUAGUUUACUUCAAGACCAAUUCAGGGAAGUGGAGCAAAAUGCUCAACGCUUAGAAAACAUUGCUGCCACUUUCAAUGAACAGGAACAAACUUUAAGACAAAAAAUCAAAAAUGCUGGCGAAAAUGUAAAUAAAAUUCGUGAAGUUCUUAUUAAAUGUGAUGAUAUGUCCGGUGAUAAUAAUAAGAUAAUGGAAAGACUUCAAAACUGUCGCGCUAUUAAAGAACAACUGGAAAAUGUUGGAAAUGAUAUCGAAAAUUUACGAAUUCGAGUUGAUGAAAUGAAAUCUUUAUACCCAACAUUCUCUGAAUCAUUAAUACCAAAAGAAAUGAUUAAUGUUGAAAAGCGCUUUGAAGUUGUAGAUCAAUUUGCUAACAAAGUAGAAGGUUCCUUAUUACAAUUUCUUCGUAAAUAUCAUACUGAUAAAGUUGCAGCAUUGAAGCGUCAAUUAGCAAUUCAAAAAGAAAAAGUUACUUGGUGUGAACCAGAGUCUUCUAGUGACAAAUAUAAUUUAGAUGUCAAACGAUCUGCUCUACAAGAAGCAGAAAAGUCGAUUGCUGAUUGUGAAGCCAAGCGCGUUGAAAUUGUGAACUCACUGAAUUUGCUUGAAAAGGUUGAAACUCCUCAAGUUAUACAGCCUUUAAAAGCAGAAGUCGAAAAUAUUAACAAGGAAAUGGACAAUUUAAAGGAAAAUUGCAAGAAAAUUAAACGCAUUUUAGAGGAAAAUGUUGACCUUUGGAAUCAAUAUGAAACAAUUAAUGAAGAAAUUUCUCAAUGGUUAAGAGAUCUCGAAGGAAAAAUCAAACAAGAAACCAGCAAUCAAAUCAAUAUCGCUCAUAUUCCACAAAAAUUACAAGAAUUAGCACUUUUAGGUAAGAAUAUUAGUGAUCACAAACCAAAGGUUGAUCAACUCGAAAAAUGCUCCAAACAAUUGAUUGAAAAGAAUCCUGAAGCAAGAAUCGGCCAAUUCGUUAAUCAUUUAUUACAAAGAUAUCAAGCAUGUGCUAAAACUUUAGCCAAUUAUAUGGAUCGUGUUGAAAAUGCUCAAAAGGCUAGUGAAAACUUUAAUAAAGCUGUUAAAGACUGUUCAGAUUGGUUAGCUGAUACAAAAGUUGAAUUUAUUGAACUAUCACGUAUGGGAUCACCUGGUUCAUCUCAAGCUACAGCCCAGCAAUUGAAAACAAUUAAAGACUUUAUUAAGACAUUCGAUAAUGGACAAAUGCUUCUUAAUGAAGCGGUUGAUAUCGGGGAAGCCUUAUAUCCAAUGGUUACUCCUGAAAAUCGUGAAAAAAUUCGUGCUGAAUUAAGAAAACUUCGUGAAGAAUUUGAUUAUUUACGCGAUGAAGGCAAUGCAUUACUACAACAAACUGAGGCUGUUCUUAUACAAAAAACCUCUGUUGAAGAAAGUUAUACUCAAGUCUCACAUUGGUUAAGUGAAUCUAAGGCUAAAAUUCCAGAAUCAUCAGAAUUAUAUCCAACAUUGGCUGCUAAAAAACAAGCUUUACAAAAUUACAAAAUACAGCAACAAGAAAUCAAUUUACAUAAGAAUGCUCUUAAACAGUUACAAGAAAAAGCCUCAAAUCUCGAUGACGACGAAAGUGAGCAGAAAGCUGCUGAUUCUAUCCAAGAAUAUGAGAUUUUGGGGAAACGUGUCACAGAACGCAUUGGCACUGUUCAAAAUCAAGUAAUGAAUCAUGAAACAUAUGAUCAAAUUUUGGAAAAAGCUCAAGAUUGGUUGCAUACAUUGAAAUCUGAAGCUAUAGAUAUUCUUGAUGAAACGACAUUUGAAAAGGAAGGGGCAGAGGAAAAAUUAAUGAUUGUAGAGAAUUUAAUACAACAAAAACCAGAAGGUGAUUCUAUAUUUGAUACUUGCCAAAAACAAUUAAAAAUUGUAUUGGAGCAAACUCAUAAAAAUGGGCAUCCUGCUUUACUGAAAAGUUUUCAAGAGCCGAAGAAAUCGUGGGAUGAUUUUAUGGCAUUAUGUGAAGAUUCAUUAGUAAAAUUAAGGCAGCUUUGUAGUAAAUGGGACGAAUUUGAAACAGUUAUUGAUGGUAUUGAUAUGUGGAUGCGAAAUAUAGAAAGCGUUGUGAAAGAUCAAAGUCUUAAAAACACAGCUGAUGCCAAAGUCGCACAUUUAAAAGUUCUUCAAGAUAUGAAUAAAGAGAUUGCUGAUCGCGCUCCGGCUAUUAAUAAUCUAAUGGAGCAAGGCCGUGAAAUUGAAGGUGAAACUGAUCUAAAUUUGAAGCUAUCUAGAAUUAAUACGCGUUACCAAACUCUCAGAAAUUCAUGUAAGGAAGCAAUUAAUCGCUAUGAGGUUUAUGCUAAGGACCAUAAAGCAUUUAACACGGAAUAUGAAACAUUUUGUAAAGAAUUGCAAGCUAAUGUUGAGGAAUUAGCUAAAAAUAAUGAAAUAGCUGGUGAUUUAGAUUUAUUGCAACAACGACAAAAUAAAAUACGUGAAAUGUCAGAUAAACGUGUAAGUGAUUCAACCGCCUUUGAAGCGUUAGUUGACCGUGGAGAAAAAUUAUAUGCUCACACAAGUCCAGAUGGUCGAGAAAUUAUAAGACAACAGUUACGAAACUUGCGUACGGCAUGGGAUAAUUAUACCGAUGAUUUGAAUUCUGCUGGACAAAAACUUGAUCACUGUUUAUUACAAUUUGGAGAUUUCACGAUGGCUCAGGAACAACUAACAAAAUGGUUAAAAGAUGUUGAGAAAGCUAUGCAAUCUCAUACAGAAUUAAAGACAACUUUACAAGAAAAACGAGCCCAGUUGCAAAAUCAUAAAAUGAUGCACCAAGAGAUCAUAACCCACAAUGUAUUAGUCGACAAUGUUUGCGAUAAAGCUCAAUCAUUAGUUGAUCAAACUAAAGAUACAUCAUUGAAUGUGUACUUGCAAUCUAUUAAACAAUUAUUCCAGAAUAUUGUUAAGAAAUCGCAAGAAUUACUUGGUAAUUUAGAAGAUUGCGUUCAAGUACAUAGUGAUUUAAAUAACAUGCUUACUUCUGCCAAAUCCUGGAUAUCAAGUGAAAAAGCCCAACUUUUAGAUUGUGAUGAUACCUUCGGAGAAAAAUCAGACAUAAAACGUAAAUUGGAGAAAUUAGAGCAAUUAGCUGGAAAUAAAUCAAAUGGUCAGAAGAUUAUAAAUGAAAUAAAAGAACAAUUUGAAAAAGUUAAAAAAGGAACUUCACCUAGAGGUAACGAAGUUUUAAGUAAGGAAAUUGAGGAGCUUGAAACUACAAUUAAGAGUCACUUUGACGAUUUGGAAGGUAUUGAAGGAAAACAAAAAGAUGUACUUAAUCAAUGGAAUAAAUUUGAAAAACAACUUGAUGAGUUAACUAAAUGGUGCCGUUCAGCUGAAUCAGUAUUCCGUGAACAGCAACUGCAGUCAACUCUUGAAGAAAAAACCGCUCAACUUGAAAAAUACAAAAAACAGCGUGACGAAAUAAUGCAAAAAGAAAAAGAAAUAGAUGCAUUUGUAGAUAGCGCUCAUAAUUUGCUUAACAGCAGUGGCGCUGAUCGUAUUAAAACAUUAAUUUCGCAAAUAACAAAUCGUUACCAACUGCUUCAAGUGUUAAGCAAAGAAGUUGUUAACCACUGGCAAAAUCUUGUUGAAGAUCAUCAAAAUUACAAAGACAAACUUAAUGAAGUUGAUUUAUGGCUUGGGCAAAUUGAAAAUAAUUUGCGGAAAGCGCUUAGUGAUGAACAAACCGCAAAUAUUUUGCAAGUUCUUCUUUCUGAUAAAGAGCAAGCCGAAGGACUUUUGGCUAACUUGAAUUCUUUAGGCGAACGGGCUUUGCCUGAAACAUCAACUCAAGGACGUGAAAAAAUUCGUCAAGAACUUCGUGAUAUUCGUGAUCGUUGGGAUCGUUUGGAAGAAGGUAUUAAAAGUUUACAGAAAAGACAAGAAGCUCAAACUAUGCAAUUGUCAAGUUACCAAGAUAUGUUUACGCAAAUUUUGCAAUGGCUUGAUACAACUGAGAAAGCUCUUCAGAAUGAAUGUUCAAGUACUUGGACUUCAACACAAGAAAUACGUUCCAAAAUAUUUAAAUAUAAGAGUACAAUGCAAGAUAUUAACUCACACAAACGUAUUAUAGAAGCUCUUAACGAAAAAGCUAAUUUACUUAUAGAAAAUGCUAAUACCGUCCCAGCCAAUACUAAUGAAAUACAAAAAAAUAUGAAUGAUGUAAAUAACCGAUAUGAUAGCGCAGUUGAACACUGCAAUAAAUUAUUAAGUCAAUUAGAAGAAGCUCUUGAUGUUUAUCAAACCUUCAAUGAUUUACAGAAAGCUCAACAAGACUAUCAAAAGAACUUAUGGGAUCGUUUAACAGGUUAUUCAGAUUACUCUGGUAAUAAAGUUGCACUUCAAGCUCGUUUAAAUAAGGUCGAAGAAAUUCAAGAUUCGUUACCCGAAGGUGCUAACAAAUUACAGAACCUUUCCGCACACAUUAAUACCAACGCUCAUAUUCUCCCACCGCGAUCAAGAGAAGCCAUGUCACGCGAUUUAGCUAAUUUAAAUGCUGACUUCGAAAAAUUCGCAGUUGCUUUAUCCGACGUAAAAAGCGGUCUUGAAAACCGUUUACAACAGUGGAAUGAUUAUGAACAAAACUUGGAUCGUUUAAUCAGUUGGCUAACCGAAGCUGAAAAUAGUUUAAAGAACUAUGGUCCAAAAUCAACCUUAGAAGAAAAACAGGAACAGUUUGUAAAAUUCCAGAACUUAAUGCAGGUCUUACGUCAAAAUGAAGCUGAAUUUGAUAAAAUGAAAGACGAAACCUCCGAGUUAAUUCAAAGUAGUGGAGAGACUCGUAUUACUGUUAAUGUACAACAAGUCACAUCCAGAUUUCAAUCCAUUCAGACGACUACAAGAGAAAUAUUGAAAAAAUGUGAACAAGCAGUACAAGAUCAUCAACAAUUCAAUGAAAAAUAUAAGCAAUGUGCUGAUUGGAUUGCAACUGCACAAAUAAAAUAUCAAGUUUGCAGCGAUCUAAGUACAAUUGGAUCAAGAGAAGAUUUACUUAAAAAGCAGGCUGCUAUUCAAGAAUUACAAGCUCAGCAACCAUCAGCUGCCUUGCUUCUUAAUAAUACCGUAGAAUGUGGUGAGAAAUGUUAUCCAACAACCGCACCAGAAGGUCGUGAAACUAUCCGCAAUCAAUUAGAGGAACUUCAACAAACAUUUGAUCAACUGUUUGAUUAUAUCACAAGUGCUUCCAGAUCAAUCCAGGACAAAAUGUCUAAAUGGUCAGGUUUUGAUGAAAUUGCUGAAAAUUUACAAAAAUGGUUGCAAUCUAUCGAAAAACAAUUACCCUCUGAAAUAGAGUUAAAAACAACUUUAGAUGAAAAACGUUCAAAAUUACAGAACUACAGAGAUGUUUUAAAUGACAUGCAAAACCAUCAGCCAGAACUGGUUAACUUAAAAGAUAUUGCUGAUAAUCUGCCCGAAAAAACUGAUUAUGUUGAUCAAAAGCUUAAAAACUUAACCGACCAAUUUAAUAAACUAUUGAGUCGUGCCCAAAAAUAUGUCGAGAGAUAUGAAGCUAUCGUUAGCGAUCAUCAAAUGUAUUGCAAAGCCGUUUUAGAUACUCAAGAGUUUAUUGAAGCUACACAUAAUACUGUUGAUUUGUGGAGUGACUUAGACUUAGAACAAGUAUCUUUACACACAAAUUUGGAAAGAUUGAAAAAUCUUCAAAAAACACUGAUCGAUGAGCUCCCACGAGUUUCUCAAGUACGUGCUCUUGGUGAAAAAGUUAUUCCAGGAACAGUUGAAGCUGGUCAUAUGAACAUUAAAUCACAAAUUGAUAACACUCAACAAGAGUGGGAGAGUCUAUUGUCGUCUAUAACUUCUGCUAUUGAUGCUAUCAAUAGUCGACUUCAACAAUGGUCUGAAUAUGAAAGUCUCAAGGAUCAAUGCUUGGCUUGGAUUAGAGAUACAGAUAAUAAACUACAUGCCAUCGACUUAAAACCCAAUUUGUCAGAGAAGAAGUCCCAACUUGAAACUCUAAAAGCCUUGCAAGGAGAAGUUAGGGCUAAAGAACUAGAAAUUGAUACAGUAUCCGAAAAAGGUCAAGCUUUGCACAAGGGUCCUUCAAGCACAAGAACAGGAAAUGUUUCCGAAAUCGUACUCAAAUAUCAACAAUUAUCACAUAAAGUAAAAGAGUUGAAUAAUAGGUGGGCUCAAUAUGUAGCUAGUCACCAAGAGUUUGAUGGUCAAAUCCAAGAUUGCAUUCAAUGGAUGGAUAAUAUAAAACAAAAACUUGAUUUCUGUUCUGAUUUGAACACAUCCAACGAAAAAGAUUUAGAAGCGAAGCUUACAACAAUUCAAGAUUUAAUUUUACAAAAAGAUGACGGAACCCUUAAAAUUCAAGCUUUAGUUGAGUUGGCCCAAACUGUUUUAGCUAAUACAGCCCCAGCAGGUCACGAGCAUAUAAACAAACAAUUAGCUAAACUUCAAGAAAAUUGGUCAAAUCUGGUUUUGAAAAUGAACGAUAUUAAGUUAAGCCUUGAUGAUUCAAUAAGUCAAUUAGAUGGUUACAUGGAUCAAGUGCAAGGUAUUAAGAAAACAAUUGAUUGGCUAGAAAAAAUGUUAAAAGAACUUUCUGAAUUCCAAACUACAAUGUCUGAAAAGAGAUCUCAACUAGACCGUAUAAGAAGUGUCGAAGAAAAAGUGCGUGUCGAAAAAAUUGAUGUAGAUACAUUAAGAGCACAAGCUAGAGAAAUGCGAGGUCAACAAAGCCAAGCUGCUUUCCAAUCUCAAAAAUUAUUAGAUCGUUUUGAUGAAUUAGCUGAUCGGACAAAAAAAUUACUUGCUGAACGUGAAGAACAAUAUCGUGAUCAUAGAUUAUACAAAGAAGCAUAUGAUGAUUUGGUAAGUUGGAUUAGCCGUGCUCGCGAAAAGUUCCCGUCUCUAAAACAAAGUAAUUUGAGUGAUAAAUUAGCUAUUGAGCAAGCAGUCCAAGCUACUGAAGGUUUAUUAAACAAACAAGCUCAAGGUGAGCUUUUAGUUGAACAUUUGGUUCACACCGGUGAGGUUGUUUUGGCAAGUACAAGUCCACAGGGUCAAGAAAUUAUCCGAAAUGAUAUUCGAUCACUUCGCGAAAGCUUCGAAAACCUUUUCAGAGAAAUUAUUCAACAAAAAGAGCAACUUGAAGUUACAAUGUUGCAAUGGCGUGACUAUAAGGAAGAAUACGAACGCCUUAUGGAAUGGCUUAAACAAAUUGAAAUCAUGGUUAAAAAUCACAAGUUGAAUGUGAGAAAUAUUCCAGAAAAACAAAAACAAGUUGAUGAAAUGCGAGAUAUUUGUAAACGUUUGGAGACUGGAAAACGUGACAUUGAUAAAUUUAAUCAAAAUGCUGCUGGUCUUUUGAAGUCACACUUGGAUACUUAUGUUAACAAUCAGUUAAGAGUUUUGAACUCAAUGUAUCAAGUACAAGUAAACAUGGCAAAAGACGUUUUGAAAAAAGUUGAAACAAAUUUAGAUCAACACAAAGAGUUUGAAAAUAAUUUGCAAACUGCUCAUGCUUGGAUAGGAAAUGCUAAAGAAAUUAUUCGAGAAAGUAGUGAACCAUCAAAUUCCAAAGAAAUACUUCAAGGACGCCUUGCCAAAAUUCAAGAUUUAAUUCGUAAUCGUGAAGAAGGUCAAAACCUGGUUAAUUUAACUAUUAAUAACGGCGAAAAGGUACUACGUAAUACGCAUUCAGACGGCCGGGACAUUGUUAAUACUCAAAUGAAAGAGCUUCAAACUGAUUGGGACCGAUUAGUUAAAAAAUUGUCUACUGCUAAAGUUCAUUUGGAGACUGCACUAUUGCAAUGGGCCGAUUAUUCUUCAAGUUACGAUCAAUUACAGCAAUGGAUUCAAGAUCGUGAAGCUAAACUACAAGAAGUUCAAGAACAAAAAAUUGUUAAAGCUAAAGGCCAACCUGGUUUAAGCUCCGGCUUGAACGAGCGUAGAGCUAAUUUGAGACAAACAAAUAAUAUUGUCCAAGACAUUGUUUCUUUUGAACCUAUGAUUCAAUCAGUUACUUCUAAAGCUUCUGAUUUACAACAAGGGGCACCAGCAACAGAAAUUUCUAGCAAAUACGAAAACUUAACAAAACAAGCUAAAGAAAUAUACGACAAGCAAAAGAAUACUGUUGAGCAUUACCAAGCUCUUAUUGACGCUGGUAACGAAUUUGCUGUAUGGCUGCGUAACUCUAAAGAACGACUAAGUAAAUGUGCUGAACCAACCGGCGACAAGGAAGCGUUAGCAAGUAAAACUCAUCAGUUAAAAAUACUUGAAAGUGAAGUUCCAGAAGGUCGCAAAAAACUGGAUGCCGCCUUACAGCAAGGGGAAAUCGCUUGUCGUACUGCUGAACCAGAAGAUAAAGAAAUUAUUGAGGAAGAAGUUGCCCUAUUACAAGAAGAAUUUGAUAACUAUCUAGAAGCUCUUAAGAAAGCUAAAGAAUAUUUAGAAGUUGGUAUUGUAAAGUGGACAGAUUAUCAAGAUCAAUAUAAUGAAGCACUGGACUGGCUUAAUAAGACAGAAGCUUUGGUGCAAUCGUACAAUAAGUUACAAGAUAGUUUAACCCAAAAGAAAAACGUAUUAGAAGAAUUCCAAGGCCAUUUGCAAACAUUAUUUGAUUGGCAAAAGGAAUUGGAUCGCUUGAAUGUCAAAGCUCAAAUUUUAUUGGAAACUUGUGCUGAUACAAGAAUUUCAAAUGCUAUAACCCAAUUGACUACAAAAUAUAACGCUUUACUCACUAUGGCAAAGGAAGUAAUGCGUCGUUUAGAAAUGCACUACCAAGAACACCAACAACAUCAUUCUUUGUAUGAAGAAUGCCAAGCAUGGAUUGAAAAAACUCGUGAAAAAUUGGCAGAAUGCCGUGUCAUACCCAGUACACUUAAUGAAAUUCAAAUCAAAUUAAACACAGUUAAGAAUUUGCGUCAAGGUUUCGAACAAGGGCAAAAUAAACUACGUUAUUUGUUAGAACUUAAAGAAAAGGUAAUUAUGAAUACAGAGAUCAAUGGUGCUGCCAAAAUACAAGAAGAUAGUGAAUUAUUAAAACAAGAUUUCGAAAAGUUAUUAGGUGAAAUGAAUGACAUUAAAUUGGCAUUAACCAAUCGUGCUGCACAAUUGGAAGAAAUCUCUAAAGUUUAUAAAAUCCUUAUUGAAUGGUUAGAAGAAGUUGAACCAAAUGUUAAAGAUAGUGCAGAUUUUUUGAAUGACUUAAGUGAAAAACGUGCUGCAUUAGAAAAAUAUCGUGGCAUACAACGUGAUAUCAAUUCUCAUAGUGACAUUGUUGAGAAAAUAAAUCAACGUUUAAAUGAAGAUAAAAGCCUAGAUCGUAGUGACUUUGCGGAUGGCCUUAAUCGUUUUGAUCGUAUUCAAGAACUAGUAGGUAAACAAAUUGAAAACUUAGAGAAUCAAGUUAAUAAUCAUGACAAGUAUAAACAAGCUUAUAAUGAAAUUAAUGAUUGGUUAAGACGUGUACGUAUUGAAAUUGAAACUUGUUCAGAUUCACAUGGUGAAAAAGAUAGUCUUCUCGAAAAAUUAAAUAAAUUACGUGAUAUAGACGCUAAUAUGAGCGACGGUGAAAAAUUAUUACAAAAUUGUGAAAACUUAAGCAAAACUGUAAUUGACACCAGCGGAAAUGAAGGGAAAGAUACUGUAAGACAAGAAAUUAAACAUUUGAAAUCGGAAUGGGAUCAUUUACAAGCUAUGUCACGUGAAGCUCAAAAUAAUUUGGAAACAUGCUUAUCAGCAUGGAACAAUUUCCUAAGUAAAUAUAGUAGAAUAAACCAAUGGAUACUAGAUAUGACCAAACGAGUACAACUAGCUACCGAAUCUGACAAUAAGAACCCAGAUGAUUUAGAAAAGGCUAAGAAAAUUCUUGAAGAAGUACAAGCUGAAAAAGAUUCAGUUGAAGAUCUAAAUGACGCCUGUGAAACAUUAAUGGAACAUAGCGCUUGUUCUAGAAUUCGCGAUCAAACAGUUCAAAUUCAAGCUGAUUACACAAAAUUAUUAACAUUAGUUCAAAGUCUGGUAUCUAAAAUUGAAAAGAAUUUAUCUGAUCAUACUGAAUUCUUAAACUAUAAGAGUGAAAUGGAUAAAUGGAUUAAAAGAGCCAAUGAUAUUUUGGACGAGUGUACUGGUGAAGGUGAUCUACAUGCUAUAUCUCAUCAAGUAGAGACUAUCAAUUCGUUAAGUUCUCGUUUACCGGAAGGACAACAUUUACUUAAUAUGGUACAAGAUGCAUAUACAAAAGCAUUAAAUGUAACACCCCUUAAUAAACAAGAUUCAUUACGUGAUUUAAUGACAAAAUGUCGCGAAAAUUGGGAUGCACUUAAUAUUGCAGUUAAACAAAAAUUGACUGAUUUGAAACAAAUACAAAAUCGUUAUAAUGAACUUAAUGCAAAUAAAAAUCGCAUUGAAAAAUGGCUAAUUGAAACCGAAAGAGUUAUUGCCGAACCAGCUGAUACAAAGGGUGAAUUAAGUGAAAUGAAAACCUUGUUGGAGCGCUUCAAAAAUUUGUCGAACGAAAUCGCACAAAAAGGCCCCGAAUUAUCUAAUUUAGGUAAAGAAGCACAUGAAUUAGGUACCGAAGUUGAUGAAAUAAGACGUUUACAAGUCAAAUGGGAAAAAGUAAAUAAUGAUUGUGAUUCACGUAUACGAUCAAUUGAAAAUGAAAUUAAUGACUAUAAUGCAUACCAUCAAUGUUUACAAGAUGUUGAAAAAUGGUUGUUACAAAUUUCAUUCCAAUUAAUGGCUCACAAUUCAUUAUUUAUAUCGAAUCGUGAACAAACUCAAGAACAAAUUAAUCAACAUGAACAAUUAUUGGAUGAAAUACAGCGUUAUCAAUCGAAUUUAGAUGAUUUAAAUUCAAAAGGACAAGGACAAAUUGAUCGCUAUUCUCCUAAAACACCAAGUAUUCGAGAUACAAUUGAAACGCAAUUAAAAAAUAUACAAGACAGUUAUAAUUCAUUGCUGCAAACAUCAAUACAAAUAAAGAAUCGUUUACAAGAAUCAUUGGCUAAAUUCCAAGAAUAUGAAGACACAUUGGAUAGUAUAAUGAGAAAUUUGAAUGAAUGUGAACCAAUUAUACAAAAUGAAUUGGAUAAACCAGCUAUGAAUUUAGAAACAGCACAGAAUCAAUUAAAAUUAGCUCAGAAUCUUCAUAAUAAAUUACAAAAUGAGAAGUCACGUUUAGCACAAGCUGUACAAGCAUGUGAAGCAGCAACUGCUUCAAUAAGUAGGCCAAGUUCACCAUUAGAAACAGCAAUGCAACCCAUACCUGAACGUGAACUGGUCGUACGUGCUAAGUUAGAAGACUUAAUUGAUCAGGUACAAUCCCAUUUGGGUGGAUUGGUAGCAACUGUUAGUGAAUUAGAACAACAACAAAAACAGAGAGCUGAACUCCAAGAUUGGAUUAAAAAGCAACAAGGUUCAAUAGCUGAUUGGUUAUCAAGACCAUGUAAACUUCGUCCAGAAGCAGCCAAGCAAGAAUUGGCAACUAUGAACGAUCUUCUUAAUACUAUUGGAGAUAGACGUAAUCAAUUGUUAACUGAUAUGACUGGAUCAUUUGCUGAUGAAGAUACAACAGAUCUAGAAGACAGCUUAGACCAAUUGGAAAGCCAGUUGAUGGAUGCUAUCACUAAAAAACAAUGUGGACAAGAUACAAUUGAAAAUUACCGUCAAUCUAUGCAAGAUAUGCAAAAUUGGUUUGAUAAUUUAAUUAAACGUAUGGAUGUUCUUGAUAAAGGUAGCGGUUUAAAUUGUGCACAAAAAUUAGCCGCCAUUGUCACCAUUAAAAAUGAAUUUGAAAAAGAUGGACCUAAAAAACUUGGUGAACUAAAGAAUAAAGCAUCUCAAGUUGCUGAAAUUAUCAGUAAUUUAGAUGGCCAACAAGUUGAAGAACAAAUGAAAUCAGUUGAAAGGCGUUACAACGAUUUAGGAAAACGUAUUGAUCGUAAAGCUCAAUUACUUGAUGUUACAAACAAAGGUAUUGAAGCUGCUAAAUCUGAAAUCGAUCAAGUUCAAAAUUGGGUUAAAGAAAAAUUAGUUGAACUACAAUCGCCACCACCAAUUGGCUAUGAAGUUAAAUCAGCUGAAGCACGCCAACAACAAAUUAAAGGAAUGAUGAAAGACGCUGAAGCAAAGCAAUCUCUAGCUGAAACAUUGGAGAAACGUGUCAAUAAUAUGCAACAUGAACUUGAACCAGUUGAACAUUCACAAUUAGAAAGUGCGUUAAGAAAUUUGAAUUCAGAUCAAAAGAAUCUUUCUGAAGCUCUUAAAACUGAAAUGCAAAGAGCAUUAGAUGCUGCUAAAGCCAGAAAAUCUUUAGAAUCUGAUUUAGAAAAGGCCAGAGCAUGGAUCAAAAAUAAAUUAUCUGAUGCCAGAAAACAAACUGGUCACCAACCGUUGACUUCUGCAGCUGUUGAGAAAGAAAUUGCUCUUAAUAAAAAGUUCGAUGAUGAUGCAAAGCAUUUUAAUGAAGGAAUGUUAUCAAAUGUCUUAAGGCAAGCUGAUCACAUAAUGAAAGAUUGUCCACCGGAAGACAAAACCAGACUACAAAAAAUUUUAGAUGAAAUUAAUGCAGACUAUGCAGCUUUAAAAGAUGAAAAUGCUAAAAAACAAAAGGCGUUACAGGAUUUGUUAGUUGGUAGGAAGAAGUUUGAAGAUGAUAUUAAACGUAUGGGUGAUUGGUUAAACGAAGCUGAAGCUUCAAUAGCAGGUGAAAUUCGUACAUCCAAUCUUCCAACUUUAGAAGAACAGCUAAUCAGAUAUAAAAAAUUAGCCGACUCUGCUAAAGAAAUUGGCGGUUUAAUGCUUGAUAUUACUGAACAAGGUAAAGGUAUUAACCCAAGUUUAAGCAAUCCAGAUAAAUUAAAAUUAGCGGAAGAUAUCAAAAACUUAAAAGAUAAGCAUUCUAAAAUUACACAAAAUAUCAAUGAUAGAUUGAAACAACUUGAGGAUCAUAUAAAGAAAUAUAAAGAUAGCAAAGCUAAAUUGGCCGAAUGUAUCGCUUUCUUGAAUUCAAUUCAACAACGUCUGCGCGAUUUGAAUAGACCCAUAGGCAGAAAUAUUGAAGACGUUCAGGAGAUGUUGGGUGCUUAUGAGAAAAUUCUCAAAGAACUCAGGGAUUCUAAACGUCGUAUGGGUGAUUUACAAGUCGAUGAUUUGCCAGAAUUACAAAGUAUAUUGGCACAGCAAGAUGAUAUGAUUAAAUUAAUUGAAGAUCAAUUAGCUCAUUUAAGGCAAUUGCUAUUAUUACGUGAACAAUAUAUUGCAUUAAUUAAUCAAAUCACUGCUUUUAUUAUUAAAUAUACUGACGUUGUUACAGAAAUUGAAAAAUCACCAGAAAGCUUAGAAGACAAAAUUCGGCAAUAUGAUGAUGUUAUUUUACGUAUUCAGGAAUGUGAAGGUUUAUUGGCUACAGCAACCGAUAAAGGGCAAAAAAUCGCUUCUGAGGGUACUGCAGCUGAUAGAAAUAGUAUUACUGAACAACUGCAAUCACUUAAAAAUCAAUUGCAGAAUUUACGUAAAACAGUUGAAGAUCAAAAACAAAAACAUGAAAUUCAAUUGGAACAUCAUAAGAAAAUUGCAGCUUUGCUAUCUGAAAUAUUAGAUUGGUUACAUGCAAAUGAAGGUGAAGUUAAAUCACGGCCAUUACUGGAUCGGGAUCCAGAUUCCGUUGAACGUGAAAUUCAAAAACAUAAGAAUUUAGCAGAUCAAGUCCUUGACAAAUUAGGUAAAGUUAAAAGCUUCAGCGAACAAAUUAAUUCUGAAAAAGCUGUACCAAGUGCUUUACUCGAAAUGAUAUCCGUGGGUAGAUCAUUCUUAUCUACAAUGCCAGCUGAAUUGGAAGAUCGCGAAAAAUAUUUAAUAAAUAACAAGAAAUCACGUUUAGAAUACAUGAAUUUGGUAGCGAAAUUUAAUGCAUGGGUACAUGAAGCGGAAACGAAAUUACAGAAUAGUCAACAUGGUAUUGAUUAUGAAAAUAUUAUGAGAGAUUUAGAAGAUCAUAAGAAAUUCUUUGGUAAUGAUGCCGGAGUUAAAGAUCUUGUUAAUCGUAAAAUACGUGAAGCUGCCGAUAAAAUAUGGCCGUCAUUACAAAAUUAUGAACAAGAUGAAUUGUCACGGGAAAUGCAAAUGCUUCAAGAUGCAUUAGUUAAUAUACUGAGCUCCGCUAAAGGGCAGCAACAAUCAUUAGAAAAGGAAGUUGAAAAUUGGAAAGAAUACAAAAACUUUUGUGAGAGGGUUAAAAGCAAUAUUGAAAGAACUAAAUUCGAUGAUGAACCAGUACAAAAUUUGGCUGGAUUACAUUUCAACAUACAGAAGAUUAGCCAUGCCCUAGGCAAUAUCCAGGGACAAACAAGUGAUUUAGAUCAAGCAAAUCAAUUGGUACAACAAUUAAAACGCAACGCUGAUACACGUAAUCGUGAUAUAAUUGACAAAGAUAAUCAAGCAUUAAAUAAAUCUUGGAAAGAUUUAAUAAGUACAUUACAAAAUCGUCGAGAUACAUUACAAUCAUUAGCAGAUAGGUGGCAAGAUUUUGAUAAUAAAUUACACGAUUGGGAAAAAUCGAUUGAACGUUUAGAAGAACGUUUUAGACAUGUCGAUCCAAUCGUAAGAUCAAGACGUCUACUCGAAGAGACAAAGAAUGUUAUCCAAGAAAUUAUCACUGAAUCUGAAGAACUCAAUACAUCAUAUAAAGAGAUUGAAACUCUCUCAAAAUCAAUCCUCACAUUCCUUGGGGAAGUACACAAACCCUCGGCGGAGGCCAUACAGGCCAAAGUGGAUCAGUUAGCUGACAAAUAUAAAAAAUUAAACGAGUCUCUACGCGAAAAGGAUAAAAAAGCAGGAAAAGAUUUAGAUGAAAUUCAAGAUAUCUUUUAUAAGAUAUCAUCACUACAAGAUCGUAUUAAUCAAUUAAUUGAAGAGUCAAGUGAUUUAUAUGUAUUCGAUGAGAAUACAAAAGAGGUUGAAAAUAAAAUUAAUAUAUUACGCAAUAAAAUAAAAGAUAUUAUUAAAGAAAGUCAUAAUUUAAUAUCAAAUACAAAAGAUAAAUAUAUAAAACAGCAAAAUUUAAUACCAUCUGAUAUACAACAAGAAUUAACUAGUUUAGAAUUAUUAACAGAACGUUUACAAGGCGCAAUGGAUGAAAAAGAACGUGAAUUUAAACGUGCCAAAACGGUACGUACAGAUUAUUUAAAUGGUGUUGAUGAAAUACAACAAUGGUUGGCAACAGCUGAAACAAAAAUACAAGAUCGUAGUUUGGCACCAUUACAAUUAAAAGAAAUAUUAAAUCGUAUUGGUCAAGAAAUAACUGGUAUAUAUGAAAAAUUAGAUUCAGUUAAAGUAAAUGGUAAUAUAAUAAUUGAUAAUAGCCGUAGUCCACAAGAAAAACAAUUAAUACAAAAUAAUAUUGACCAAUUAACACAACAAUUAAAUUCAUUAAGAUCAUUAUUAGAUGAAAAGAAACAAUUAGUUGGUGAUAGUUUAGAUUCAUGGACAAGAUUUAUGAAUUUAUAUCAAAUGGUAAUGCAAUGGUGUGCUGAAAAACGUAAAUUUAUUGCAGAGCCAUUAAGUUUAACAACAUUAACUGAAUGUAGACAAAAAUUAAAUGAUUAUUCAACGGCUGUUAAAAGUAUUAAACCAAUUAUUAAACAUUUAAAAGAAAUGGAUAGAGAAUUAGAAUUAAUAGGACAAGUAACAACAAUUGGUGAUUUAAAUAAUAAAUUACAAGAAGCUGAAAAUAAUAAAGUUGAAGUUGAAGCAAUUUUAUUGCAAAGGAAUGCGUUACUUCAAGAAGCAUCAGAAGAAUGGGAUCAAUGUGAAAAGAAAAUUAAAGAUAUUAGAACAUGGAUUGAUAAAACAAAGAAUGUAUUAGAAUCACCUAACCAUAAGAAAAAACCAUUACGCGAUCAAUUAGGAUAUUGUGAAAAGACAAUUGCUGAUAUAAAUGUACAGAAAACAAAAUUAUCAUUGUCAAUUGAAAAAUUAGAGGUACAUUUCCGUUCUGGUUUAGGUGGAGAUCCACGUUUAGCUGAAAAUGUUGAUGAAUUAAUUAAAGUCUUAGAUGAAUUAUUAGUUUUAGUUAAAACUAAAACAACUGGUUUAGAAGAGACUUUAAAUCAAAUUGAUGUUUAUCAGCAACAGAUGCAACAGUUACGUCAACAAAUAAUACAAGAAGAACAACAAUUAAGGCAAUUAAUGGCACCAACCUAUUCUCCAAAUGAUAGGGAGCGUGCAUUAGCGGAUCAACAGGCACAACAAUUGCGAUCCACAAUUGAAGAUUAUCAACAAAAAUUUGAUAUUGUUGCUGCUAAAUGUUAUACUUUGGAUCCAAAUUCUGUAACAACAACUUCAUCAACAGUUUCGAUGUUUUUAAAACCAUCAAAGCUUGGUUUAACUUAUGCUGAAGUUUUAUCUGGGCGUUCAAGUCCCGUUAACUUUGGUGUUAUAACAGAACAACAACAAAUGCAACCACAAAAAGCACAAAUAUAUAAAUCUAAUGUACAAUAUCAACAACAACAACAAAUACCACAGGAUCAAUUGCACGAAAUACAAACAAAUAUCCAAAGUCAGGAAAUUGAAAUGCCGCAGCAAAUAAUUGUACAACCAAGUGAAAAUAUUGAAAUUGAACAAUCAAAAAAUGUACCAACUUUAUCAUGGCAUCAACAAGUUCAAGAAGCUUCUGAUGACGAACAUGAACGAGAACAAGAAGUUCAACCAGGACACCAACACCACGAUGUAGAAGAAAAAUCAAAUAUUGUUAUCUUGAGAGAUACUGAUAUAAAAACAUCUCGAAAAGAUAGAAGAGAUGAUGAAAAGCGCAGAGCCAUAUUGAUUGACGAUUUUCCAACAGAAGAAAAUGUUAAUACAUCUAUUAUUACAACAGUAACAAAAAUAACUAAACAUAUAAUUAAAGAUGAAUAUGGUAAUAUUAUAGAUGAAACUGUAACACGAUCUGAUCCAGCAGUAUCAACAACAACAACAAUUGAUCAAAAUCAAAUUCAUUUACCACAAACCUCAGAUACUACUAAUAUCAGAAUCGAACUAUUAGAAACUGAAAAAACUCCAACAACUUCUAGUCAUGCACAACCGCAACAAUAUGUACAACCAAUACAUCGUUUAGAAAAACCCGAACGACCUGAAAGACAGCUAAGAGGUCGAUCACCUCGUCGUCGUGGUGGAAAAUCUGAAAAAGAUUCUACCCAAGAAAGUAUCCAUAAGUUAGGUGAACAAACAUUUCCGCAAGAAAGAAAUAAUAAAUUUAAGGAAUCAAAACAUCAUGGUUUUGAGAAAAAUCCAAAAAAUAUUUUGACUCUACCAGAAGCACAGCGAUCAAGAUCCAAAAGUCCCAUUUGGGUUCCAGGAUCAACAACUUAUGCGGAAGUUUUACGUGGCGCAGAAUUGCAACAACAACAAGAGGAUACAAAAGAAUCAAUACAAGUUCAGAAAGGUGAUCAAAAAACUCAAACUAUUCAGCAAACUGUUGAUCAUGAAAUAAAAUUUGACUCACCCCUUCAAGAAACUGAAAAUAAUAAUAUAACUAAGAAGGAUGAUUCCAGUGUCGAUUCCGUUAAUAUUCAAAGAGAUGUACUUCCGAUAGCAGGAAACAACGAAUUUGAACAAGUGAAACAUCAUCCUUCACAAUCGUCGCAAACUAUUAGUUAUAAAAUUCCUGAACAACAAACUCAAACAACCGAGUGGGGUUUUACUCAAGCAAAUCAACCAGACUAUUACAAAAUGACAGAAAAUGUUCAAAAUCAAAUUCAACAACAGCUACAACAACAACAGCAAUUUGCUAAUUACUCUAAUAUACAAGAUCCACAACAACAAUAUCAGUACCUAACGCAUGCGAUUGCUGGCUAUUAUCAACCCCAACAAUCUAAUACAGGUGUUCCCACAACGACAAUAGAAAGUACUUAUCAGAUACCAGGCAAUAUCACAGCGAAUCUUAUUUAUUCGGAACAAAAUCCGUUGUUUUAUCAGCAAUUAACAAUUCCAGUAGGAUCAUAUGACCAGCAAAUUCAACAACAGCAGCAGGAAUCUGUUAAUUUUUACGAGCAUCAACCACAACAAUUCAAUGUCGGUGAUUAUCAAAAUGCUAUAAUGAUGAAUCAAACAUUGCAAGAAGUUGUAACAACCUUAGCUUCCAUUGUUCACCAACCUUCACAUCAGCAAGUUGGUAAUGAAAUGCAACCAUUUCCACCAACAACGUCUUCAUCAAUACCGCAGGUAUUAAGAGAAUCGAGUGCUCAUAACCCAGAUCAAUCAUAUAUACCAGAAAAUAUCGACAUAACAUUUGGUCAAUUUAGCCAAAAUGAAAUCGACACUUGCACAAAAUUUGACUCACAAGAACGAGAAAAAAAUGUCGAGGUGAAUGAAAAUGUUCAAUCAUCAGAUCAGAUUUCAAUUUCAGAACCAAAUCAGAAAGAAACAACGAAUCCUAUUGUUUCUGAAAGUGAAUCAGUGCCUUUAGUAUCAUCUACAGCACAAACGUCAACCAUUUUACAUGAUCAAUCACCGGAAAGUGAAGUUAGGCAAAUUUUGCACAAUCAGCGUUCACAAUCAUCAGACAACAGCGGAAAAUCGUAUGCAGAUGUAUUAUUUGGAUUAGAUAGAGGAGGAAAUAAUUAUUUCCAGCCAUCCAGCAGUACAAAUAUAAUAUACAGCAACGUUCCAAUAUCGAAUAUACUACAAACACAAGUAGAUAAACAACCAGUCACAACUAUUACAACAACAGUUUUUGAACAACGUAAGCCUUACCAAAGAAAUGUUUUAAGUGAUAGCCUCAAAGUUCCUUAUCGAACGAAUAAUCGACAAAAGUCUCCUUCUCGUGAUAAAGUAGUCAAUAGAAGAGAAGACACGAAGAAUUUACAUAUUAAAAAAUCAAAAUCUCGUCAGCGACACAAUAGCUCUAGAGAAGAUGAUAAUGACAAAUAUGAAGCUGAUAGUAUGAAAAAGUCUGCUACUAUUGACAUUAAAUCUAAUGUCACAAAUGUAGUUAACACAAUUAUUGCCCCCAUAUCAUCAGCUAUUUCUAAAAUCAUACCGAAUCAAAAGUCAAAUAAAACAAAUGAUGAAGUGCAACAACAAUGUAAUAUAGAACCAGAAGAAACAACAGACAUAAAACCAGAAAAACCUAAUAGAAAUAAGAAAAAGAAACCUAGACCAAAAGAUGAAGAAAGUACCGUUAUAAUUGAAAAAAUACCAAUAAAAUCGAGUACAAUCAUUACAAUUGAUUCAAAAGAAGCACCAAUUGCAAUAGAUCCUCCCCAAGUCUAUAUUUCAGAGCAGGAGUUGAUUGAAACUGCUAAAGACAGUAGCCCUGAUGAUAAAAAGAGAAAAUCCAAGAAAUUUGAGAAAGAGGAAAAUAUAAUAGGUUCGACAGAUUUCGAAAAAGCAGAAAGCCAUGAUCUCAAUCAAAAAACUAAAAAACCGAAAAAAUCAAAAGAACAAACAAGCAAUAUUGAAAAUUUAGAUUCUUUAUCUUCCGAAAAGUUAAAAGAGGAAGGGCUUAAAAGUAAAGAAACGUCUAUUCUGGAAGAUGUCACACAAAUGCUAGAAAAAUCUAACAAAAAUGUGAAGGAUACUGUUCAGUCAUUUAUUAACUCCGAGAAAACAAGUGGUGAGCCUAAAAAGAAACUGAAAAAGAAAAAAUCAAAAGAAUUCAAGGCAACAGAAGAUCAAGUUGAAAGAAUAUCUAUUUCAGAAGAAACUGUAAAUAUUUUAAGCGGAAAAGGUAGCGCAGAAACAUCAAAAACUCAAGUUCCAGAUACCUCGAGUUUAACUAUUCAAAACACAACAAUUCCAUUAACUGACAUGGAAUCCGUAGAGAAGCAUGUUGUAGAAAUGCCAGAUAUGAAAAAGUCCCCAAAACCACCAAAGCGAAAACAUAAAAAAUCUCAAUCUAAAGAAACAGAAGAAAUGAAACCAAUAUCGGUUUACGAGGAAGUUAAGCCUCGAUCUGAGGAAAACUUAAAUGUAACUCAAGAAAGUAAAGUUGCAAAAGAUAUCGAGGGUGGACAAUUUGGCAAGAAAGAAAAGCGAAAGCAUAAGAAAUCUGAAUCAUAUGAUCCAAAUGGAAAAAUUGAAAAACUUAAUACUAAUGAAGUAACUUCUGCCACUUCAGAAGACAGAAAUUCUGUCGAAACUGUGAAGACUAAUUUAGAAGCAAAUAUAUUGUCACAAAAUACCCCCUCACCACAGAAGAAAGAAAGGCGAAAACAUAGAAAAUCACAAUCAAAGGACAAUGAUGUGAAAGAAACAAUUUCAAUUUUAGAACAUAUUCAAAUAGAAACUGAAAUUACGAAUCAACAUAAUACAAGCGGUGAAACUGUAGAAACAAUGCCUAUUUCUAAGGAAAUCAAAGCUGAAAUAAGAACAGAAGGGUUCAAGUCAAAUAUUAACGAAAGUAUUCCUAGUGAAAGUCAACCAGAACUACAAAUUGUUACCCCAACUUCCGAAACAACAAUAACCAUAACUGAAAUUAAGUCAUCUGUCGAACCAAAUGUUACAGAAAUAAUUUCAAUACCCAACGAGUCUAAUAAAAAUGUUGAACUAAAUAACAAAAGAGACCAAUCAGAAAACAAUAAAAAGCGAAGCAAAAAACAAAAGAAACAUUCUGAGAGUGAGAAAACCGCUUCUGUUCCAAAAGAAGUAGUUCAAUUCAAAAGAGAAGAAACAAGUCCUGUGAUUUCACAAAUUGAUACAACUGCCUUAACAGUAGUACCAUCACAUGAAGUAACACCGCCAAAUAUUGAAAGCACAAAAACGAUUAUCGAAAAAAAUGUAAAAGAUGAACCUGCGAUUGAGGAAACUUCAAUUAAAACUUUACCUAAAAAAUCAAAACAGCACAAAAAUGAUAAAAAUAAAAACAAAAUAGGAUCAUUAAAACAACCUGUAAUGCCGGAAAGUAAUACUUUGUUAAAUUUAGUCGAAACUGAGAUAAAAACAGAAGACCAAAUAUUACCAGAUAGUACCGUUACAAAGACUGAAACUAAGACUGAAACAUUUGAUGAUGGACAGAUCACUAAAACGAUUGUAACAACAACAACUGUAACGGAACAAAUAGUCGAACCGACUGUUGAAAUAUUAAAAAAUAAUAUCACAGAUAAUACAUUACCAGAAAAAUCAAUUAUUCAUAUUAAUAAAACAAUAGAAGAAUCUCCCUCAAUGCUAUUACAAACAGACAAGUUACCAGAUUCAACAACAAUAACAACUGUUGUUGAAAAUGAAUCUACAAGCAAAUCAGAACAAGAACGGAGGGAUAUUAAUACUGUUGAGACUUUAAAAACGACUAAAUUACAAACUAUUACAACACCAGAUCAUAAUGGCCAUAUAAUUGAAGAGGAUGGUUCUAAUGCCACGCUGUCAGAAACUAUUAUAUUGCCAGACAGAAAAACUCAUAAAAUUUCUCUAAUUACGCAUGAAGAAGUUCAUAAAGAACCCGUUAUUCGAAUGAGUUUAGAAAUUCCAACAGUUACAUUAAAAGUUAAAAAGACUGUAACAGAGAGUCAAGAACUUUUAAUGCAAGUUGCUGAUGAAUCCGUAUUAACUGAAACAAUAGAAAUUUCAGAUAUUCCAUCAGUAAACAAAGAAGAUAUACCGAUAUCACAAAAAAUUGACGAGUCCAAAUUACAAGACGAUGAACGAAACACUAAUACUACAAUUAUAGAAAGCAUUCCAAUAGUUGACGAACCCUUUGUUUGUCUAACUAGUGACUUAUCAGGCACGGAUACGGUUACAACUAUUGAAAAUAUUCAAGAAGUUCAAAAUGAGUCACAUGCAAAAAAUGUUAAUCUUAUUGUUACUGAUUUAGAUGAUCCAAAUCCAAAUGAAUUGAUUCAAGUUGAAACCAUAACUGUAACUGAUAAGACAAUUGAAACGCAACAUGAUAUUAAAGACAUUCCAAAUUAUGAAAAUGAAAAACAAAAACCGAAAUCUUAUGCUGGUUUACCGAUUGAUGAAUCAGCAAGUGAUUGGAUGAAUGCUAUUGAUGAACCAAUGGUAUUUUCCGAUGAUGAAGAAGAACCUGAACAAUCCAAAACAAUAGCAAUAGAUGAAAUUCAAAACUGUAGUUUAGAUGACACAAAUAAUGCUUCAAUAUCAGAAAUAACUGAUUCUGGCGUUGUUUCUUCAUCGCUGCAAAGUGAUGCGAAGUCAAAUAUGUCCGAAACAAUUGAAAUUUUACAAGAAAUGAAACUUUCCAAAAAAACUCCAGAAAUAAAGGACAUUGCAACAGUUGAAGAAUUAACUCCAGAAGAUAAAAUUCUUUUAGAUAGUAUAAAAGAAAAAACGUCUAAAAAGAAAAAGAAGCGACCAGCAUUACCAGAACAAUUUAAAGAAAAAGAUGACACAAGAGAUGCUCAUGAAAUAAUUGAGGAAAACAAAAUGUUAAUUGAAGUCAGCAAAGAAAUUAUUGAAACUAGUAAACAACAUUUAAAAGAAAGUAAGGAUAUGGCUGAAAUAAGUAAAAAUUUAUUAAAAUCUGGUAAAGAUUUGACUUCAGAAUUCUUAAUAAAAGAAAGGCAACAAAAUAUUGAUAAUCCUAAAACUUCAACAGUAAUACAUGAAGAGGUAAAUCAAAUUUCAAAAGAGCCAAAAAUUGAAAUAAAAACUAAAGAAAUUACUGUAUCAAAAUCUGAAAUCGCUGAAAAAGAUCCUAAAGUUAGCCAAGACGAUUGGCAACUGAAAAAAGUUGUCGAAACUGUUACGACAGUUGUACAAGACUUAACAACAGGUCAAACUGUUAAAACCGUUAAAGUAGGUUCAGGUAAAGAAAGCAAAGUUGUUAGCAAAAAUAUUAAUAAUGAAUCAUUUGAUUCAAUGCCCCAAAAAUCUAAAACUUUAGUUUUGGAAAAGCCCAUAGAAAAAAUUUCUGAUAUAGAUUUUAAUAAAUCAAAUAUUGAUUUAGUAUCUCUAUCAUAUAAUAUACCAAAAUACAAUCAUUCUGCGCUCAGGAGUGCAGAAUCUAAUUUACCUAAAAUCUUAACUUCGUCUAUAGAAACACCCAUAGAAAUUGAUUCAAAAACAUUAAAAUCAAACCAAGAAGAAGUGCAAAAAUUAAAUAUUAUUACAGAAAAAAUUGUUGAUAAUAUAAAAGAUGAAUCUCCUCAAAUUUCUAACACAAAUAUUUCCAACACAUUAACACAAUUACAACCACAACCACACAAUAUUAUUGCUCCUAACAAAAUUGAUGAUAACAAAUUAACCGCAAUAACUAGCUUAGAAAACAUAAUUAAUAAAGCUACUAUUGAAGAUUUAAAUAAACCCCCUAUUACCACUACUAAUACAAUUGCGAAUAUUUCUGAGUGUUCAAUACCAGCUAAUUACUCUUGCUAUGACAUCCCAGCUUAUAAUUUACCCUCAAUGAGCCAAGCUGAAAGGAAUUUUUACUUGUUCCUUAAUUCUCCAAUAAUGGAACCUAAAUUAGUUGAACAGAAGAUGAAUAAAAAGUUAGAAGACGCCGCUAACACAAAUGAUGAACCAAUUUCAUUACAAAAACCAACAAUGGUUACUGAACAAACUAUUUUUACAACUACUACAGAAAUUAGAAAUUCGACAUCACAAAAAAUAGAAGAAGAACCUGAUCAAAUUAAUCAAAGAAAUAAUAUUCCAGUGCAUAGUACAGAAACUGUGUUACCUGGAAAAGAAGUUAUAAUAAAUAUAGCAGCGGAAUUUAAGGAAGAAUCCAAAGUUGUAAUCGAUAAACCAGAAAAUCUUAGAAAAAUAAGUGAUGAAAAGAAGCAAGGCAAGAUUGCUCAAGAAAGUGUUGAGCCACAUGAAAAUAAACCUUUGGCAGAAAAAAGUGGAAAUGAUGUUAAAACUCUUCAAGAAUCGGUUAACAUUAAUAAAGAAGCUGAAGAGCACAAAAAAACAGUGUAUGCUGGCUUGCCUCUUGAUGAAACUAGUGAUGCUUGGAUGGAUGAACCACCUGUAUUUUCAGACGAAGAAGAGUCAAAUGACAAACCAGAAAAUGUAAUAGAAGUAGUCCAAGAAACUGUUGAACUGCACGAAAAUAAGUAUUCGAUGAAACCAAUUAAAAACGACAUUCCAUUGGAAAAUAAAGAAAUAAGAACUGUCAAGGAAGAUAUUAAAACUCCUUACGCCGGGUUGCCUCUUGACGAGACUUGCGACGCUUGGAUGAAUGAACCACCAAUAUUUUCGGACGAAGAAGAGUUAACUGGAAAACCGCAAAGUUUAAUAGGGACGCUUCAAGAAAUUGUUGAAUCGUCUGAAAAUAAACCUUCAGUAGAACAAACUAAAACUGUUCCACUGCAAAAUUCUGAAGAUCUUAUUCCAGACAAAGCUCAGCACCACAAUGAGAAACAUUCAAUGGAACCAAUUAUUGAACAGCACAAGAACAAACAUCAAAUGGAACCAAUUAAAAACGAUGUUCAAUUGGAAACUAAAGAAAUCAAAACAGUCAAAGAAGAUAGUAAAACUCCUUACGCCGGUUUACCUCUUGAUGAAACUUGCGACGCUUGGAUGGAUGAACCACCAGUAUUUUCUGAUGAAGAUGAAAAAGAGUUAACUGGAAAGCCGGAAAGUAAAACAAAACUGGUUCAAGAAAUUAUCGAAUUACAUGAAGAUAAUCCUUCAGAACAGACUAAAACUGUUUCAGUGGGAAGUUCUAAAGAUCUCAUUAUAACUCCAGACAAAGUUCAGGUUCAUGAAAUAAAAGAAGAAAUUGAACAAGCCAAAAAACCUUACGCUGGGUUACCACUUGAUGAAACAAGCAAUGCGUGGAUGGACGAACCACCAAUUUUUUCGGAUGAAGAAGAAUUACCUGAGAAAUCUCAAAAAGUCACAAAGUGUAUCAAAAAUGAAAAUGAUAAUCAGCUAAUUAAAAAUAGUGAAGAUUUAGGAGAUAUUCCAGUAAAAGAUUUUGUUGAAAAUGAUCAAAAACCUAAUGCGGUUUCGGAAAAUAUGAAAGCAGAAUCAAAGAAUAAAACUAAAAUUAAGGAAACCAAUUUGGUGCCAAACACUAUAGUUGAAAAAGUUACAGAGUUUGUUAAAGAUGAAUUAAAAACGAUAGAUCAGCAUGUGGAAAGAAACGUAAUUAAGUCGAUUUCUCAAGAAAACCUCAAUAAUGAUGAUGAUGAAUGGAUUUUACUUGAAAAACCCGAAGAAGAAGUAGCUCCGAAAGAAGAAGCGGAAAUUGACACUUGGUCUAGUUUGCUAGAUGAUACUCCACAAGUAACGGACCGAACAUUUACAACAACUAUAACUACAACGACUACCAAUAAAUUUAUUUCCAAUUUAUCUGCUGAUGCCCCAGAGUUCACGCCAUCUUCGAGAGUGAGUAAACAUUCACAAAUACAUCCAGAAGCUCCUGAAUUUACACCAUCGUACAAAAGGGUGACAAUGCCCAACCCGGACGAAAUCGAAGAAUUCACACCAUCAUAUAGAAAACCGAAAUCAGAUAUCAAUUCAGAUUUUAUAAAUCAAGAGCGAAUUGCGACCUCUACAACAAUAAGAGAACUCAAGGAUGUCCAUGAAACGAAUAUAAAAGAUAAUUCCGAAAAACUAAAGAAUGACGUAAAAUCUAAGGUUGAAGAUGAAAAACCAAAAGAGAAGUCAAAAUUGAAAGGUAAAAACAAAAAACCAAAAGACAUACCUGAAAAAGAUAUUGUUACCGAAACAAUUGCUGAACCCAUUGCUGAAUCUGUGGAAAUACAUAAGGAAGUCGUGAGUUCCGGCCCACCAAUUUCUGUUUGGCAAAUGGCAAAAGGAAGUGAUGGAAAAACUUAUGCUGAGGUUUUAUUUGGAGAUUCGCCUCCUGAAAGUGAAAUUGAGCAAGUCUCUCACGACAACAGCGAAACUGGAGAAGAUGCAUUGGUAUCAGAGUCUCUUAUAAUUAAAGAAAUUCAAAUUGAAAACAUAUUACCCGCAACAAUAGAGUCAGUGUUAGAUGUACCAGAACAUGGAGAUCCUAAAGAGAAGAAACCCAAAAAAGAAAAAAGAGACAAAAAACCUAAAAAGUCAAAAGAAGAAAUUCCUCAUGAACAACACGUAGAAGAAGAAAUUAAGGUAUCAAAGCCUGUCAAAGAGAAGAAAGACAAGAAAGACAAAAAGAAGUCAAAGGUAACUGAAGGACAAAUAACGUUGCCCGUAAUACAGCCUGAAGAGCGAAAGAUUGUUGAAGAAGAUAUAGAAAUUCAAAUAAAAGAAAUUGAAGUUGAGUGUGAGCCUGAAAAAAUUCUUCAAGAUGAAAUUUUCUCUAUAGAAUCAAAGGAGAUUGUUUCUGAGACUAAAAAUAUCGAAGCUUUAACAGAAAAAUUACAAGAUUUAAAACUUCCAGAGCCAGAAAUAGUGGACGGAAAAUCGGACGAGCCGACCCAAAAUGAAAAGAAGGAUACAUCAGCAUUUUCUUGGGCAGAUUUAAUAAAGAAACCUGGCGAAUGGAUUGAUGAAACACUGCAUAAAAAGACAAAUAAAACAGAACCGAAUAAAACUGAACUUCUGAAACAGGAAGAAUCUAAAUUUAAAAAACCAAAAUCGAAAGAAAUAAAGGAAAUGGUCACAAAAGAAAGUUUAGAUUCUCAGAAAGAAGAUGUCAAGGAUAAACAACUUAAAAAAGACAAACGAAAAGAACGAAAGAACAAGAAUGUUAAGGAAACAAUUGACAUUAAAAUAUCAGAAGAAACUACACCAGAAAGCAGGGCAGAGCCAAUACAAAAUAUUUCUUCUCAAGAAACCAAACACUCAGAUCAGUUAGAAGUUGAAGAAAACGUUGAAAGAAAAGAUCCCUUGGUUAAAGAAUUUGAAAGAAAGUUGUCCGAAAAACAAGCUGAAUCUGAAGCAGUGCCAGACUCUGGCGGAUUUAGUUGGGCUGCUUUACUAAAAAAACCAGGGGAAUUCGUUGAUGAUCUUUUAACAAGAAAGCAAAAAUCAAAGGAGGAACCUAAAUUAAAAAAAGAAGAAACAAAGCCAUCUAAGAAGAAAGAUAAAGUUAAAAAAUCACACAAAAUUCAAGAACCGCAAGAACCGCAAGAACUAACAAUUAAUGAAAAACGAGAAAUUAUCGCAGAAGAACAAACUACGGAAGUCAAGGAAGUUCAAUCCCAAAUUUUGGAAGAAAUUUCUUCUAUUUUAGAUGAUGAUUCUAAAGCUAUAGAACCAGUUGUACAUGAUCCAACGGAAGUAAAAAUAACAGAAAACAUAUCAUCAGAUAAGCAGUUAAGUUGGGCACAAGUUGCUAGUCAAAUUGACUCAUGGACGGAGCUCGAAAAACCCAAAAAGACUGAAAAAUCUCCAGAACCGUCACUAAAAAUAAAGGAACGCGAACGUGAAAAACUGAAACAACAACGCAUCAAAAAAUUGAGACAAAAACGUGUUUCCUUUGAUGAAAAUACAUUUAAAAAUCCGGAGAUUAUUAAUGACAAGUUGCAAAUUUAUACCGAACCGGAAGAAUCAACCAAUACUGUUGAAAUAAACUUAAAUAAACAAGUGCCUUCUAACUGGGCUUCAAUUGUGAGUCAAACUUCUGAUUUUAUCGAUACUGAAAAGAAAUCAACUGAAAGUCCUAAAGAACAAAGACUUAAAAAAGACGAAAAGAAGAAAAAAGAAAAAUUUGUAGCUAUUCUGGUUGAAAAACCAGACCUCCCUCAAGAAACAGAAGGAUUUGAAAUGGCAACAAAAGAAAUACCUUACACAAAACCUCCUGAAGAAGAAACAACAAAACCCAAUAUGACUUCAUGGGCGUCAAUAGUAACUAAGUCAACUGUUCCGGUGGAGCAAGUUCAACAAUUUGAGCCAGAAUAUAAACAAGUGAAACCUACUCAAUCAACUGUUGAAGAAUUUGAAGAUAAUACUUUGGAUGAUGUUUCCUGGUCUAGUUUAGUAGAAAUGGAACAAAAAGUUGAUCAGCAACAAAAGCCAAAAUCAUGGUCUACUAUGAUAGAAGAAGAAUUAAAAGAUCAAAUAGAGAUAGUGCCAGAAGUAGUCUCACAAACAGAAGAUGAGGUACUUGAAGCUGUAAAAGAAGAAAUUCCAGUUUCAAUAGAAAAACCAAUAGAUGUAGAACAAAGGCUUAAGUCAGAGAUAUCUAUCGCUGAGGAAGCUGUUGAAAUGGAUCAAGCAGAUGAAGUAGAAAUUCCUUUAGCCGAUAACAUCAAUAUUGAAAAUGUUAUCUCAACAAUUUCUAAAACUCUAAACAUUCGACAAGACAAUACCCAACCUUGCGACGAGAAAGAAAUCAAGAAUAAGAUUCUUAAAUCUGAAAUUAAAUCAGGCACACCGACGCAAGAAGUUAAGAUAAUGGAUAAUGUUAACAAAGAACAGGAGUUCUCGGGAUCUAAAUUUCAAAGUACUAAAGAAAACGAAGUUCGCAAUACAGAUAUUCCUAGCGUUUCUGAUACAAGAAGUCAACUUGGAACAACAGAAGUUGUUGGUUCUAGCAUUAUUCAAGAAUUUAUUGAACAAGAAAAGAAAGGAUUUAAACCAAAUGAAUCAGAAAGUUCAAUUUUAAUGAAAACAAAAGAACAAAUAGAAAUUGAACCAGCUAGAAGUCAAGUUGUACAAACUGAUGUAACACAUAUUCUAACUGAAACAAUUUUAGAAGAAGGAAAAGACAACCCAGUUCAAGAAGUAACGCAUAUUGAUCAAAAAAAUAUUGAUAAACCAAUUCAUCAACUGAUUAAGCCAAUUGUAGAAAAGCCAAUGCCGCCAAUCGUAGAAAGACCAACUUUACCAGAAACACCAAUGUCUUGGGCCGCUAUUGUGAGUCAAACUGCAAAUUUCAUUGAAAACGAACAAAAUACAUUGCAAACUGAAUCAUCAAAACCAGUAAUUAAUAAACCAAAAGCUGAAAUCAAAGAAAUUUCUACUGAAAAGAAGAAAAAUAAACAUUAUAAGGUUCACGAAGUAGAAGAGUUCUCAGAAGAAGAGUUGAAAUCGGAAAAGUCACUUAAUGUCAAACAAGAAACGCAACCUGAAAAAUCGGACAAAGUUAAAAAAGAAAAGAAAAAGAAGGAAAAACAAAAAACUGAAAAGGUUAUUGGAAUUCCAGAAAACGUUGUGCAAAUAACAGAAACAAUUUCUAUAAAAACUGCACUGCCUGAAAAUCAACAAACUGUAAUUGCUCCAAAACAUAAAAAAGAGAAAAAGUCUCAGGAAAGCCAUAAAAAUAACAAAAUUGAUGAUGUAAAAGAAAAGUCAUCUACUAACCAGUCAACAAUUUCUUGGGCCAAUGUUGUCACUCAAAGUGUUUCCUUAGAAGAAGAAAAUUUACAAGAUCCGCAACCAAUUGAAUCCAUUGAACAAUUUAACGUUUCAUCAGAAUGUCUUGAAAACCAAAAAAUUGUUCUUGAAAUAAAUAAGGAAGAAAUAAGCAACACAAUUUCAGCAGAUAUUGCCCCUGAAAAUGAAAACGCAAAAAUUUCUUUUGAUAUACCCACCAAUAUUGCACAAGAUAUCAAAGAGUCUUUGGAUGAAUCAGUAAUGCCACUCACCACUUCUUGGACAAACAUUGUGAAUCAAAGCAUUGAACUAGCACAACAAGAAAUUAAUGUUCAUUUUGAAACAGAGCCUUCUAUGAAGGCACAGGCUAUUCAAGAAUCUUCAAAUGAAUUUUUAAUUGAAGAAGAAAAUGUACAAAAAGAUCCUGUUAUCGAAGAUCAACGUAAAAAAGCUUAUCGUGAUAUGAAAGAUAAAAAGAAAACUUCAAAAGAUAAAUCCAAAAGUCGUUCUCCAGAAAGUGAAUCGUCACAAUUUAACUUUUCAAAAUUACCAACAAAAUCAACUACACUUACACAGAUACCAUCAGUUUGGAAUACAUCCGAAACUUAUGCUGAGGUUGUUAGAGCUGGAUUGAACGAACCACAAAAUAUCGUAUCUGAAAUGCUUGAUCAAAAUCAUGAACCAAUAGACGAAUUUCCAGAUCCUCCCCUUCAAUUUAUUUACAAAGAAUCUACACCAGAACAAAAUAUUACAACCACGACUAUAACAGAAAUUGAGCAGAAAUUAGAAGAAAUAGAGGAACCUGCUGUAGCUGAAAAAUCUUCUUUAGAAAUUCAUUCUACAGAAGAAAUAGCUCCGAAUGUGUUUGCUGAAACUGUUCAUGAAACAAUUGCUGCUGUCGAAACUCAACAGGAGGAGGUUAAGCAAAAUAUAUUUGAAAUACCAGAAUACUCUAGUGACACAUUAACCUGGGCAUCCAUAGUAAGCAAGCAAUCUUUACCAGAACAAAAUAAAUUAGAAGAAGAGCUGCCGAAAUUGGAAAACUUUGAUCGUUCAACCAGAAAAAAUCCUGUAAUUGUUGUACAGGAAUCUGAGCAGCACGAGCCAAUUUUACAUGUUGAUGAGGAAGGUUUCAUUGAAACUAUAUCGAAAAAAGAAAAACGAAUUCGUCACAGAUCACGUUCCAGAUCCAAUUGUGAAACCAUUAACGACGUAUCAAUAAAACUAGAACCAAAUGAAUCAGAAAUUAAAAAGAAACCUAAAAAGUCGAAGAAAAAUAAAACAAAAUUGGAAAUUAAUGUAACUGAAAGCCCUUCAAAUGUUAGUGAUAUUCAAAUUGAAGAGAACGUUAAUAGUAAAACAGCCGAAAAGCUGGUUGACACUUCAACGAAACCUGACGAUGAAACCAUAACUACUAAGCAUGGUAUAUACACGAUAGAAAGUUCUUCCAAAUCAUGGAGAGAAUUGGCAGAUGAAGAACUGAUCGAAGAUUUAGUUGCUUCCGUAAACGAACCAAGUCAACCUGAACUUUGCGAAGAGGCUACAAUCAUUCAAGUCGAAGUAAGUGCACCGAAACCGCUUUCUUGGGCCUCAAUUGUUAGUCAAUCACAACAACAACCGCCAGAUUUGAUCAACAAAAGUCAGAUGGAAGAAACGAUUUCUCGAAAAUCCAGACCCAAACAGAAACCUGUAAUAAAAGUGCAAGAAAUAGAACCAACUGCGUCAGUUGUACAUGUUGACGAAGAUGGAUUUUUAGAAUGUAUUUCCAAAAAAGAAAAGCACGAUAGAAGACGGUCUAAAUCUCCCAGACCAAUGCAACAAACGCCAAAUAAUGUAGAGAUCAACGCUGAAGCGGUUAUUGAAAUAACUGAAACAACAGAAAAGAAAAAGAAAACCAAAAAGACGAAAAAACAUAAGAAAGAAGAUAAAAUUGAAACAGAAGAUAUUCCAAACGUUGCUACUAAUAUUAAAGAAAAUAUUUUAGAAUGUCCUUCUAGCAUCUCUUACGCUUCUGUCCUAAAUCAAACUGCAACCUUUAUCGAACAAGAAAAACUAAAUAUUCCUCCGACAUCUUUACAAGAACCACAGAAAAAAGUAGAAACAAAUAAACUGGAUAAAGAGGUAAUUACAAAUGAAAUAUGUGAAGUCCCGAAUAUUAGGGAAGCUAUUGAACAAAAUCCUAGAGUCAUAGAAACUGAAUUUGAUAUGAAAAACGAAAUCGCUACAACAAACAUAGAAGAAACUCCACCACACAAACGUUCUUGGGCAGAAAUGGUUGAAGAAGAUGACGGCUGGUUCGAUGAAUCUCCUGAGAAUGACGAGCCAAAAGUAACCACUUUGACAGUUAGCGAUGUUCAAGUUAAGGAAAUCAUGGACACUCCAAAUGAUGAAGUUGUUAUGAAUAAAGCUUCUGCAAGCCCGCAAACUUUCACGUGGGCGUCAAUAGUUAGCAGUAGUGGUCCAUCUAGCGAAAUUCCUACCGUUGAUGUAAUAUCAAAAACAGUUGAACGUAAAUCUCGUCCAAAACCAGUUAUAACUGUUCAAGAAACAAUAAGUGAUUACAAAGAACCUGUAACAAUGAAAGACAAUGAAGGUUUUCUUGAAAUUAUUUCAAAGAAGGAAAGAUAUAGAAGACGUUCUAGAUCUCGAUCGGAUAGAGAAGGUCCACAAAGUGGUACUGAAGAAGAAGUAAGCAAACAUACAGAAGAAAAAAUAAAAAAGGCAAAGAAAGCUAAAAAACCGAAGAAGGCCGCCGAAUUAAGCGAGAAUGCCGAAAUUUCAGUUCCCCAAACAAUGGUUGAAGAGAAUAUUAUUAUAGACAUUAGCAAAAAUGACACUAAUUUGUCUCCAAUUAUUGCGGAACAAAAGGAUAUAGUAAAGGCAACUGAGAACCCCAAGUCAGCCAAAAUAGAAUCUGAAAUCAUUGAAAAGACCAACGAAACCCUUAAAGAAAUCGUAACAGUUAUAAAUACCACUGCAGAAAUAUUACGUCCUUCUAGAGAAGAUACAGUUAAAGAAAACGAAGUUGAAAAAAUUUCUAUUUCUCAGGAUUCUCAGGAUAAGGAAGAGUCUAAACAUAAAAAGGUCAUAAAUGAUACACAGAAUUUCUUAGAAAGUGAAAGACAAAAACAAAUCCAAAGCGAACAGAAACCAAAAAAUAUGGCUACGCUAACAGUUGAAAAAUUGAUUUCGAACGAGAAACCUAAAACUCAAGUUACCAUAACAAAAAUUGUUACAACAGAAACUACAAAAAUUCAAAAUAUUCCUGAAGCAGAGCCGGAAGAUAUAAGCAAUACCCCAGUUUUAGACUCAGAAGAGUUUACUAUAACUAUUCAAAACGAACCCGACAGUUUUAAAAACAUUACAAAUGAGAAAAACAUAACUGACACACAAGAUAGCACAGAAAUCGACGAGAAUAAAACACAAACACCAACAGGGCCUACUUGGGCUUCAAUAGUAUCUGAAUCUAGUCCAUUAGAAACAAUUGAAUCAGAACCAGCUAUUGUUACUGUAGAAGAACGUGUCUCCCGAAUUAGGCCAAUGAUACAUGUUCAAGAAUAUGAAACAGUUGAACCAGUUGCAUUAUUAGAUUCUGAAGGUUUUCUGGAAAUAGUAUCGAAACGAGAAAAGCAUCGCAGAAGGUCGAGAACAAGGUCUGGACAUUCUAUUAGUGAAGGUGAAGAAGUGUUUGAACAAAACCAAGAAGUGGAGGGCGAUAAAAAAUCGAAAAAGAAAAAGCCUAAGAAAAGUAAAAAAGGACAAACUGAUUGUGAAAUCGGAAAUGAAGAAGAGCUCAAAAAGUCUGAAAUUCCAGGUAUACCAUCUGCCAGUAAUCAAGAUAUCGAAUUACUUGUCAAAAAAGACUUUCAAACUUCCAAGGAAAUUUAUAUUCCAGAUAUAAUAUCUAAAACUAAUGAUUUUAUUGCCAAUGAACAGCAAAAUCAAGUAUCUAACAAGCUACAAAGAUUACAUGAACUAAAGGUUGCCGAAACGGAAAAAAUGAUUUCAGUUGAUAAUAUUAGCGAAGAAGAAGUUAAUUUAUUAGUUGCAGUUCCAAAUGAAACUGCUUCAAUAACGGAGCCUCCUGCAAAAGAAUUAAAUCCAAAGCUGUCGGAUUUCGCUAUUGAUUCACCGCCUGAUAUAUCUUCAUUGCAAAAUGUUUCGACAGAUAUAUAUGAACAAACUAAUAAAUUUAUUUUAAACGAAAAAUCUAUUAAUAAACCUAUUGGAACUACAAGAAAUACUAUCGAAAAACCUGAGGGAAUACUCAUUGCUGAACCAGGAAAAACAUCUACAAAAGAAGUCGCAAUUAUGCAACCAACAGAGAUUGUUGAAGCUGCGAAAGAUAAUUUGCUGAUAAAUCUAGGAAACGAUAAACAUUUUUGGAAGGAUAAACAUCAAAUCGAAAAUGCUGAAAAAUUAUGGGUAAAGAUUAAGUUUGGCGCUAAACUUUCCGAACAAUUUGAAAAAGAAGCAUCAAUUGAACCUGAAGAAUCGAAGUUUACGUUGAUUCCAUCGGAUAAUAAAAUUAUUACCACUGAUAAGCCAGACAAACAGAGAGAAUUGAGUCAACAAAAUCUUGUUUUGAAUCUUUCAAGCGAUAUUAAGAUUUGGCAGCAUAAGCCUGAAAUUGAAUUUGCAGAAAAGUCUUGGGCAAUUUAUAAAUUUAAAGCUCUAGAGCCUGAAAAGACAAAAUAUAUUGAAACCGAAAUCCAACCAAAAUUAACUGAAAUGAAAGAAUUGCAAGAAGUAAUAUACACUGAAGAUAAACCAAAAUCUUCUUCAGGUCCUACUUGGGCAUCAGUAGUUAGUAGUUUCGUACCAGAAGAAGCGUCGAUAAAUCAAGAACCCUCUGAUGUAAUUGUAAUAGAAAACAUAUCUCGUAUGCGGCCUACUAUUCAUGUUCAAGAAUAUGAAAUAGCUCCAGAUCCAGUUGCAAAAUUGGACUCGGAAGGUUUCCUUGAAAUUGUGUCUAAACGAGAGAAGCACCGUAGAAGAUCAAGAACAAGAUCUGGACAAUCUGUUAGUGAAAGUGAAGAGAUAUUUGAACAAAAAGAAGAGCCUGAAAUCGAGAAGAAAACUAAGAAGAAGAAACCCAAGAAAGGUAAAAAAGAAAAAGCUGAAAUCGAAAAAGAAACAGAAAUAAAUAAGGAGGAAAGGUUUGUAGCUUCGGUCGAUACAAAAGAACUUAAUAUAGCAGAAGAUCCACGUAUUGAAAAAAGUAUUCAUUCGGAUUUGCCUGUUUUAUCUUACGACGAUCUUACUUUGAAAGAAAAAGAAAUUCAAAACUCAUUUGAUCACAAACAUUCAGUUUUAGAAACUCCAAUGUUCCCAUUUACAGAAAAAUCUUUGAAAGAAGACGCUGAACCAUUUAAAAUUUCCAUAAACCAAAAUAUUCAAGAGCCAAUAAACAUAAAUGAAAGAAAAAUUGAACGUUAUAAAAAUAAUCUUCUUUCCUCACUCGUAAAUGAUAUGAGUUUUUGGAAAAAUAAACCAUUGUUUGAAAUGGCUGAAAAAAAUUGGCAAAUAAAUAAACAAAAAUCUGCAGAAAAACCAGAACUUAAAAACCCCGACGUUAAACAUCGUAUCGAAAUAACAGAAAUAGAAAGAAUUGCAAAUGAUUCAGAAGAAACCGAUUUUGUUGUAAUUGAUAACACCUCCACUAGCGAGGAAAUAGUCAAAAUCGAAGAAAAUGAACCGGGGAAGAGUGGAUUCUUUUCAAAUCUUGUAAAAAACCUGACAUUUUGGAAAGAACCUACGGAGGUCGACAAAGGCACCGAAGAACCAAAAUCUAAGAAAACUAUAAAAGAAGGCCAAGAGAUUAUUAAAGAAACAACAUGUCCUCUUGAAGCUGUUCAAAUUCACAUACCUGAUGAGCAGAACUUAGAAAAACCCCUUGAUAUUCAAAAGGACACUGCGACACAAUCAAUUAUUUCUGGACAACCACAAAAAACUGUGGAGCAACCUGAAAUUGAAAUUCAGUUUAGCGUUCAAAAGGAUACCGUAAAUCAAUCAACUAUCUUAGAUAAAACUUAUAAAGAACCUGAAAUAAAUGUACAAACAACAAUUGAAACACAGCUAUUACAAGAUACUGUCGAAAUACCAAUUGAGCUUCCAGUUUCUCCAGAAAGUGAUAAAACACUAUUAACCGGACCUUCGUGGGCAUCAAUUGUUAGUACAUCAAUACCUCAACAAAUAAUUGAAGAUACAGAUAUUACUCCAACGAGUACCGAAGAAAGAAAAUCUCGUCCUAAACCUAUAAUUUGUGUGCAAGAGGGUGAACCAAAUCCAGAACCAGUUUCCAAGAUUGAUUCUGAAGGAUUUUUAGAAAUUGUAUCAAAACGAGAGAAACACCGUCGAAGAUCAAGAACCCGAUCAGGUCAUUCUAUAAGUGAUGUUGACGAAGUAUUAGAACAAUUGACGGUUAAAGAUGAUAAACCAAAAAAAGAAACUAAAAAGAAAAAGGGUAAAAAGGAAAAAGUUGCGAAAACAAUUGAACAAUCUAUACUAAUACAAGAAAAAGAAUCGACGGCUGUUAAGCAAGAAUCCCCCUUACAUAAAAAAGAUAAUUUGCUUGACAAUGUAUAUUCUGAUUUCAAAUUUUGGCACUAUGAACCUCAAUGUAUUGAUGCUGAAGCUAAAUGGUUUACAAUGAAAUCUGGUGAACAAUCUCUUGUGGAAUCUGAAAAACCUGCUGGGUCGAAUUCUUUAACUUUUGUACAGGAAGAAGUAAAACCUAUUACAUCUAAGAUUCUUGAAGAAACCCCUUGUUUAACCAAACCGGUUACAGAUUCUUCAACUGUUGUUUUACCAUCAAGCGUAGAAACAAACAAAAUCGAACCUGCUAGUUUAGAUUUACUUCUAUAUAAUUUACAUCGCGAUGUUAUAUUACCAUACAACCGCCAUAAUUAUAAUUUAACUGAGAUUCGUUAUCACAUAGACAAAGAUAUUGAAGAAAAUAACAAAUUAAAACAACAAAAGAAAGAUGAAAAAAAUAAGAAAAAAUCUGAAUCAAAAGACGAUCAUAGUAAAUACCACCAUCGUCGCGAUGAUGAUGGCAAUGAUUCUGAUGAUGAUGGUUCCGGCGGUAGUGGUCCCUCAUCACCAAAACCUGAUUCAUCAAAAUCAUAUUCUAGUCAUGUUAGUUGUAGUUCGCAAUACAUGUCAACUGACUUACCUCACGGUAUUGGUCAUUGGCGUGAUCAGAGUACUUAUUUAGGGACUGAACCAUUGACUGACAUUUCUAGUAAUGUUGAUAAUAAUAUACUAACACAAAGUUUUACCGUUGAUGUUGAUAUUGAUAACACUAAUGAGCAACAAUUAAUUGAUAAUAUUGAAAAUAGUCCUAUUUUAAAUACAAUCACAAAAACAACAACAGUAGAAACAUCAACAAUACAAAAAUCAUUACCACCACAAACCAUAGUAUCAUCUGAACACACUACUGAAUCACCUAUUCCAUGUGAAUCAGUAGAAACCGUUGUAGUUGAUAAAAAAUUACCCCCUAGUAAUAUCCUUAGUUCCUUAAUCCCAAAUAUUUCGUCGGUAACCAAUAUAAUAACACCAUUAAGUGCAUCAGUUGCUCCAAAUAUUGCAUCUGGAUCACAAAUUAUUGGUAAUACAGUAAUAGGAUUAGCAUCAACAGUAGCUUCGGCUGCUGCGAAUAUAGUGUCAAAUCGAAAUGACGAUGAUGAUGAAUUAGGUGAAAUUCAUUCAAGUAAUAUUAACGAUAUUUUGGUAGAUGAUAACAUAGUAUCAACAAAUGAUGACACUAAAAUAUCUAAAAAUAUAACAACUGUUAAAGUUACUAAGAGUGUCACUACAACUACAACAACAACAACAACAACGACAGAUGAGAACAAAGAACCAAUUGUACAUAGUGAAACAACAACAACAUACACUGAAACUGUUCCAGAUAGCAAUAACUUCUACUUAGAACAACAACAACAACCAAGAGAACAGAAGGACUCACUGUCACAAGAAGUUGAUGAAUUACUUCAGUCAUUGUUAACCACUGAGCAAGGAAUUGGAUCAUUAUCGCAGAAUAGCUUAGAGGGUAUGCUACAAGGUCUUAAGCUAAUCCUGGAUAAUUUGGAAUUACAUCGUAAAGAAGCUGAUCGCUUAAAACAAGUUAGCCUCAAUUUACCAACGGAUCCUCCAACAGAAAGACUGUUACAUUCGAUACGGGACCGUAUUGAUGCAUUAAUAAUAAGAUCUCAACAAAGUUCAAAUCUAAUAGAGAAUGCACUUGAAGCCAGACGCAAACGACAGCAAGAAUUAGAAAGAUAUAAAAAGCAUUUAGAUGAAAUUGAAAUUUGGUUAGAAACAACACAAGCUCAAUUAAAACAAUUUGAAGAACGAGAACCACAGACUGAGAACGAAAUACAAGAGCAUAUCAAAUUUAAUGAGGAAGUUUUACGAAAUCUAAAAGAAAAAGAAAAAUCUCUAAUCGACCUUUUAGAAAAAACUAAACAACUUCAACAAUACGAAGAUGUUAGUCAACUAGCAUCCCCAUUAGCCGAACAAUUACAAAUCAUAAUAGAUAUACUUCACGAGCAAAUUUUAGUCAUACCCGAACGUAUUCGAAUACUCGAACAGCAAGCAAUAGACUUACAAAAACAAAAUGAAAUAGAAAAAGAAUUAGAAAAACAAAAGGAAUUAGAGAAACAAAAAGAACUAGAAGAGAAAGAACGAGAAUUAGAAAGGCAGAAGCAGUUAGAACAAUUAUCAGAGCAUACAGCUGAUUCGGUUGCCUCAUUACCUGAUGAUCGGGAACAAAUUGGUAUAACAGUUGAAACGCAAACAUCAGAAAGUUUACAAUAUAAACCUAGUGAUCGCGAAGUUGCAGAAGUUGAAGCUCAAACAAGUUUCCCACUGGAAUCGGUAUCGAAAGCUCCCGAAACAACGGAUAUGUCAGUCCAAACAGCUAAAGAACGUAAGCCAACUGAAAAUAUUUCAGUGAUACAAAAAAUUCAAAGUGGUCAAGAAACAAUACAAAUCGAUAGGACACUAAACCCAAAUAUUCCAGAGGUUCCCGAUGAUGUUUUAGUUGAAGCUCGUUAUCACAAAAAACCUAAAAAAGAUGUAGAUAGAUCAACCGAAUUAGUACUGAAAAAUAUUCCAGAGUCAUUCGAAACGACUUUUGUUGAGCCAAACGAAACAACAACAACGGAAGUUGUUAUUGAUCCUGAUGGUACAAAACGUAUUCUUGUUAAAAAAGUAACUAAAACACAGCAACAAAAAAUUAUACAAAGAACGCAAGAACAAACUUCAAUAUUAGGAAGCGAUGAAGCUCCUAUUACACGACAAAUAGAAAAUAUCGAAACUAUUAUUGGAGACGAUGGUAUACCAAAAACAAUAAUUAAGCGUACCAGCAAAGAGCAAAUCCUUGAAGAUCCUGAAAGAAUGCAAAUAGCUCUUAUUGAAGGUGAACCAAUAGUGCAAGAACCAAUUCAUGGAGAAAAUCUCCCUGGAGAACAACAAUCACAAAUUCGCACUGUUGUGCAACAAGUUACUCGUAGAAUAAUACGUACAACAAAGAAGAUUAUUAAACGUGUUGUUGUGAUUGACGGAAAAGAACACAUUACUGAAGAAGUUGUUGAAGAACCAGAAGAAAUUGAAGUUACUGAAGAACUACCUCCUAAAGUUAAUGUAAACGUUAUACGUACAGUAAAUGGAAAAGUUGUUACCGAAGAAGAAUUCAAUAAAAUGAUUGAAGAUGGAGCCCUCGUCGAAACAACAUCUCCAAAAGAGGUCACUCCUAAGGUAUUUGAAUAUGAUCAAGCACAAGUAGAGUUGACAUUUGAUAAAGCACCACACGUAGAUGAUCUACUAACUACCACACAACAACCAACAUAUACUCAACUUACAGAAAUAACCCAAGAAAUACAACCACAACAAAUACAUUCAACAAUAACAACAACAACAACACCAACUGAUGAUAAAGAUCUUGCACGUAUCGAAAUUAUUAAGAAAACUAUUGAAAUUCAACCAGCCCCAACAGUAGUGCUUCCAAGUGAAAAACCACUUGAAAACAUUCAAGAAAUUUGGCCAACUGAACAUCAUUUACAACCUACAACAAUUGAAUUUUCACAGCAUCCAAUCCCAGAUGAAACUAAAGAAGAAACUAUCGAUUCACCGGCUACUAAAGUUACGAUUACAAGACAAGAUAUCCAGCAAAUCGAAGAAAUUUGGCCAGUUGAUGAUGACACAGGUGCAUCUUUGAGUUUGGAAAGCUAUACUUACGACAAAUCCCCAAGGUCACCCCCUAAGUCACUAGAAUUAGAGGAUGUUACUCCAGAAAAACUGGAAAUUAAAGUUGUUCUUGAAAAGAAAGAGUUAUCUAGACCUCAGACACCAGUAACACCUGUUCAGGCAAAAGAAACUCCAAUUCUAACGGAUGAACAGUUACACCAAGUAAUAGAAGGCAAAGUUAUUUCCGAUAAAAUCAAAGAUGUUGUAAAGGGUGACAAACAAGAACCAAUAAAGACACAAGUCGAUAUUGUAGAAGAAAUAAAGACGGAGAAAAGGGACAAACCGGACAAAAAGGAUAAAAAACCUAAGAUAGAUAAAGAUAAAAAGGUCAAGCCGGUUCUAGUAGAGGAUCCAAUGCUUUUGGCUAUCGAAAAAUUACCAGAAGAAUCUACAGGUUCAAAAGAAAUUAAAGAUAAAACCAAAAAACCUAAAACAGAUCUACGAGCAGCCACUCAACUUUUUAUUGAUGCAGAGUCAGCCCUAGAUUCUCCAAGACAAACGAUUACCAUGACAGCCCCAACAAAGGAUCAGAAAGGAGAGAGUAAAGUACAAGUUACUUUGGAACCCGAGCAAGAUCAAAAAACUCGUGUUGAUGUUAAAAUAUUUGAAACUGGAGUAAGUGAUUCAACCACACUUACAUCAUCAGAACAAGAAAAGAAAAAGCUUUUAGAUGCAGAUGUUGCAAUUUCCAGCGAAUCUGAUUCGAUAGCUGCUGUACCCGGAAUUCCUGAAGAAACAACUGAUGUAGUUGAUACUAAACUGACCUCCAGCUCUGACAAAGAAACAGCGCGGGAAACAGGUUACGAACCUGAUGGGAAAACUACAUUGGAUGAAGACGAUGAAACUGAUAAAAAUAAGCGAAAGAAAAAGAAAAAACAAAAAUAUCGUGUUAAAGAAGAUGAGGAGUCAUAUGUUCCUCAGUCGACGGAAUCGGGAAGUAAAGAAGGUAGUGAAAGCCCUGUAUCUUCUGAUAAAAUAACUGAGGAAAAACACGAAGAACAAGGUCCUGGUAGCAAAGUUUCUAGCUUAGCAUUAGAUGAAUCUGGGAAAGAUAAAUCUCCCUUAGACACCGCAAGAAGCAUAAAAAGUAUUCAUGACCAAGUUACAUAUGAAGAUGCUGAACAACAAACUACACCUAAGCCAGAAGAAAAAGAAACUAAAGAACUAAUCUCAGUUACUACCUCACCAGAACCACCAACACCAGUAGCAGAACUAGCGCAGCAAACUAGCAUUGAUUUUGGAUUACCGCAAGCCGAAGUUCAGGAGGGUGAAACGCAGACUUUGGUAGUUGAAUCUAUCGAAACAGAAAUCCAAACAACACCUAGAGAAGAAGAAAAACCUCAAGUUGAGCAGCUAACGGAAGAAGUCCAAACUGAGGGGGUCGAAAUAAAUGAUGAAGCGGAGCAAGUACAACCUGAUACGGUAGAAAUUUCUAGUCAAACAUUUACAAUAGACACCAAGCAACAAAUAGUGCAAACACUCCCCCAAGAUCCGCAAAUUCCUUCAAGUGUGAUUGUAGAGCCAAUCUUAGAUAAACUUAUAGGAAAAAUUCCUGCUGAGAAACCAGUUGAAAAAGCUGAUCAACACACAUUGACUGAAAUCAUAACAACGAUAGAUUCUACAAUUCAAACUACUCCUCGAGAAGAUGAUCCCAAAAUCGACCAAGAAAAAUUCAAAGAAAAUGCUGCUUUGGAAGAGAACUUGAAAAUACCGGAAGAAAAGAUUGAAGAUAUUGAUGAAUCUUCAGUCGCGACGUCUACGGAACAAUAUGACUUAGAAAUUCAAGCUACUCUUACAGUACCACCUGAUCCGGAUGAAUGUCCUGCGGCUGAGCCGACUGUUAUAACUUACACUAAGACAGUAGAGCUUCCUAAAGAACAUAGUGAACCUGUUCCAGGCGAUCAAACGAAAGACAAAAGAACGAAAAAGAAGAGUAAAGACAAAAAAAUUCCAGAUGUUAACCUUUGUGUUGAGAUUGAUAGUGCAUUGGUAACAUCACCUGGAGUAGAUCCCUGCGAAGCAACAAAAAUUUUCUUGGAAUCCGAGAAAAACGCUAAUAUUAUAGCAGUUCCAGUGAAACCCAACAAAACUGUUUUAGUAGGCGUUCCUGAGGAAAACAUUCAACAUGCUCCAUCACGUGUUCAACUUGAAAUUACUAAACGCACUACUUAUGAAACAUAUCCAGAUCAAAUACCAGUUGAAGAAGAAGAUUGGACUACUGUAACUAUCAAACCUCAAGUUCAGGAACAAGAAGUUUCAGUAACUGAUUCUAAAUCUGAAGUCAAAAAAGUUUCUCCAAAAUCUCAAGCAGACAGGUCAGAUAAAGAAAAGCAAAAUGAAGACGAUAUUUGGAAACAGGUUUCAACGGUCGAGGUAGUUUCGUCACAAAACUUAGGUGAUUCCUCCGCCGACUUAAUUUCAUCUGAGAAAGGCGUUCUUAGCAAGCUACCUGAACAGACUGUUGUAGAACUGUGGACUAAGACAAAUGAUGCUAUUGGCGAUCGAAUUCAACACCUAAAACAUUCAUCCGAGAAGAAACCAACUAUAUUUAUAAAUACAUUGAAUUUAGCUACAGUGUCUGACAAUGUGAGCGACAAGCCAGCCGAACAGAGAAUUUCUGAAAUAAAUGUAUCGCUUGGUGAUCUUCAAAAAGCAAUUAAGCAGGAUGAUCCAACAAUGACUCAAACUACAACUGUAACAAUAAUUGAAAAAAUAUCAACUUGGCUAGAAACAAUAGAAUACAGAAUUUAUUUAAUCAAACAGCAAAUUGCAGACAGACCAGACGAAAACAAACUUGAGGAGUAUAAUCAAUUAAGCAACGAAAUUAAUUUAGCUAAAGACAACAUUUCACAACUUCAAUCUCAUUUGUCAAAGAGUAAAUCAGAUCCAGAGAGUCAACAACGUAUUGUAGAUAGUAUCAAAUUACUUAAAGGACAUUUAGAAGCUGUUGAAAAUGUAGCAAAGGAAAGUUUAUCCGAUGAGCAAAAAGAAGGCGAACGUUUAAGAAAAUACAUUACAACUGUAGAAAUGGUUAUUACUACCAUUUAUCAUAUACAUGAACGUUAUGAGAAUCUUUUGUCUCAUGAGCUUCCGUUGGAUAGGAAAAUGAAGGCGCUGGAGGAAUUAGACGCCCAAAAUCAAGAUGAAAUGUUGAAAUUAGCGGAGUUAUUACAUACCGCUAGAGGUUUAAAUAAAGAUUUUCCUGGCAAAAAAAUACCUGAUGAUAUUUACAUAGCUUGUGAAAAUUGUAAAGCGCUUGAUCGCAACAUAAAUGAAGAGCGAGAACGUAUUUUCCAAUUAUCGUUAUUGGCAGACGAUUAUGAACAAACACUUAAAGAGUUCGCAACCAUUUGUUGUAUUGCUGAUAACCUUGUUGAAACUCCAAUUUCGGCUAACUCCAUGGAACAGUUAAACCAAGAAAUGCAAAAACACAGAAAAUUCUUUGUCAAUUUGAGUCAUUGUAGAGCAAUUUUGGAAAGUUUAGAAGAUAAUAUCGAUGAAGAAACAAAAUUACGAAACGCUUCAUUACACAAAGAAUUAUACGAUCAAGCCACAGUUAUUUUAGAAAAAGCUUCUGUUCGUGCACAAGAAUUAGCUUUGGCCGCAUCCAGAUGGACUGUUUUAGAAAAAGGUAUGAAAGAAGAACUGCAAUGGCUACAAGUUGCUCAACAGCGUGUACCCGAUCUAUCUGCAGUUACGUCAGCUGAUUUUGACCAAUACACAACACUUUAUCAGUCUCUCAACACCGAUAUAUCUUUUCAUUACAUCAAAAUGACUCAACUCUCCAGCAUUGCCAAUAAACUUCAAGAUCUCAUUCAAGCACCAAAUUUAGUGGAAGAAAGUAACGAAGCUUUAAUAGUACUUUUAAAAUUGCGAGAAGAAGUCACUCUUUAUUUACAUAGACUCUUAAUUUUCACUGAAAAGUGGAAUCAAUAUUGUAUACAAACAGAUAAACUUGAAAACUGGGUUAAAGAUACUGAACGUGAAUUAACUCAGAUUCGUAUUCCAAAAGAUUUACGAGAACAACCUAUUGAACAUAUGCGUCAAUUCUGGGAAAUUAAAGCUCAAUUUGAAAUGCAUAAUAAUAUUCGAAAAGAUGCAGGUAAUAGUUUUGAACAAUCUGUACAAAUAAUUCCGUUAGCUGAUGAAAUGCUACAACGUCAAUUCCAUGCUCAAUUGGAGGACAGAUGGCGUAGUGUUGAAAAUAAAAUCGAUAAUAUUCAAAGUACAAUAAUAAACAGCAUUUCAGCACAAGAUGUUCCAAUACCAGAAAAACUACAAUUAUUAGAGCGUGAAUUGAAAGAAAUUUAUCUAACAAUAACAAGUAUGAAAGGUGUUAUUAAAAAUGAAGAUGAAUUAAAUUUAUACAUCGAACGAAUACAAGUAUUAAAUGGUCGUGUUGGUAUUAUUGGCAAUGAAUUAGGACGUGUCGGAUUAGAACCAAAUGCAGCUGAACCAGAAAAAAUUGGUGAAUUAUUUUCACUGUCGCACAAAAUUACAACUCAGAUUGCUGAAGAACUAGAAGGUGCAAAAUUACUUAAAGAUCGUUUAAUUGCUAUUCAAGAUGGUAUAACAGCAUUACGUAAAUACCAAGCUAAUGUUUCUGUAAUGCUUGAUGAUUGUGAAUCAACAGAGAAACUAGGUAGCGAAGCUAUUGACCGAGCUAUUAUAGAAUGUCAAAACAUUACUAUUAAUUUGAAUACUAAUCAAUGGCAAGAGAUAAUGAAAUUAAGGCAAUUAUUGCACACUUUACCAAUGCGCUUGAGAAUGUCUGUAUCGCCUGUAAGAUUAGAACGUGAUAUCUCACAUAUACAAGAUGAGCAUGCGUUCUUAGAGACUCGAUGUGGAAAUAUAUUGCUUUUAUUACAAGGGCGAUCAGCAUUAUGGGGACGUUAUGAAAGACUAUUAGAAAUUGUACACGUAUCAAUUCAAGAAACCGAUUUUAUGAUGGAAUUAUUAAAAGUUCACGGGCAAGUUGAUUAUGAACGUUUAAAGAAAGCAACAGAAAGACUUGAGGGAUUAUCUGGUGAUCUAGAAAAUCGUGAAAAUUUAUUACAAGAUCUUAAAGAUUCAUCAAAACCUCUUAUUGAUACAUGUGAUUCUGAAAUAGCUGAACAAAUUGAAGUAUCUGUUAGAGAUGCAUUAGUUGCAUGGAAUGAAACAUGUGAAAAUUUACAUAUAUUACGUACAAGAUAUCAAAGAGCUGUUGAGCUAUGGGAUAAAUAUCGUAAAGCAUCAAAUGUUAUACAAAAUUGGUCUAAAAAACAAAUGGAAACAUUAGAAAAUUUACAAAAACCAUGUUCAACAUCAACAUCAUUGGAUACAUUAAAACAUGUUAAGGAUUGUCAAGAUUCCAUUGAAGAACAAGAUACGCGUUUAGCUGAAUUACGUGAAAUUGUUCAACAAAUUGCUACAGAUGUUGGCUUAGAUGCAUCAAAUCUUUUACAAAAUGAUUUAGAUCAACUUGGUCAUCGUUUGAAAGAUAUAAAACAAAGUUUAACAGCAUUAGCUGAUGUUGCUGAUACACAAGCAAAAGAUCGUAAUGAAUUUGAUGAAAAUGUUGUACAAGCUAGAGCCUACCUCAAUAAUGUUCAAAAGGAUAUUAAACGAACUCCAAAAACUCAAGAUGAAAGUGAACAACAGUUGAAUACCUUAAGAUCUCAUUUAUUAACAUUAACUAAAACUGAAGAACAACUAAAAGAUCUUCAAGAUCGUAACUCAGAUAUGGAACAAGCAUCUAUUAUUGAAGUUUUGGAGUUAUGGCAACGUAUUUUCCGUGAUACCUUCCAAGAAUAUCAUAGAUUAUCAUCAAGAUUAAUACGUAGUCAAGAUAGCGCACAAGCAUUAAAAUUAUGGCGUCAAUAUUUACAACAUGUACAAUCUUUCCUAUCAUGUGCCAUACCAGAUGAUUAUUCAAGUCUUAAAGAACAUCAUCAUUUAUGUGAAAUUCACCAGAAUCUCUUAACUAGUCAACAAUCAAUUUUAUCAAUGUAUUCAGAAUCAGAUCCAAGUGUUGCCGAACAAUUUAAUUCAUUAACAAAUAUGCAUAAUGAAACUUUAUCCAAAAUUAUGGAUCGUAAUAAUGAAAUUGAAAAUCGUAUCUCAACAUGGAGUACAUAUCGUUCGGAUAUAAAUAAUUUACAAGAAUGGCUAAAAGAAUUAGAAAAAGAAAGAUCAAAUUUGCAAUUAAGGUAUAUUAGUGUAAAAAGGGUACCAAAAUUAAAACAAAAAAUUGACUCAUUAUUACAAAAUAUACCAGUUGGCGAAAAUAUGGCCCAACAAAUAAAAGAAGAACAAAGUAAUUUAUUAAAAUUCUGUGAUGAUGCAUUGGCUACCUCAAUCCGUAUGGAACAUGCUUCAGUUAGUCAAAGAAUUAAUAAUUUAAGAGCCGCUUUAGAAACAUGGAAAGGUUUUCUCAAUAAAAUUGAUAAUUUAAAAAAUACUUAUGAUAACAAAGUGUCCAAAUUAAAAUCAGAAUUUGAUGACGUUAAUAAAUUAAUUGAAAAUACAAAUGAAUCUAUGCCAACAAAUGCUAAUUCUAUUCAAGAACGUUUAGGGUUACUUCGAAAUCAAAGAAUGCGAAUAGCAAACUUAAUGCAUGAACUUGAAAGUCUUAAUGUCAUCCAAGAGGAACUAAAAGAGUGUAUUUCGCCGUAUGAUAUGAAGUCAAUACGACAGAUGAUUUGGAUUCUCUGGCAACAACAUUGUGAUAUUGAUAUGCAAUUAUCAACGUUAAUAAAUACUAUCGAAGAACGUUUACAACUUAAUACCUUCUUUAAUACCAGAUAUGAAAAACUUUCACGUUGGAUGAAUGAAACCGAAAAUCGUAUUGAUCGUGAAAUGAACGCACCACACAUCCGAAAUCCAGAGGACGUUAUCAAAAAUUUAGAAAAAGAAAUUGAAUCAGAAAUGCAACUACGUCAAAAAGAACGUGAGUGGAUAUUAUCGACUGGCCGGGAAUUAUUUACAAUGUACAAUGAAAAUACAGAAAAUUCUGAGACAAUCCGUAGUGAAGUUCAAUAUAAGACUGAUAGUUUAAUUGACCAAUGGGAACGUCUAAAAUAUUUAUGUAAACAACGUUCAAAUAAAUUGAAUGAUCUUAAAAUGACAAUACUAAGAUUAGAAGAUCGUAUAGCUGAUAUUCGACAAUGGCUUUUCCGAAUGGAAACACAGCAAAUAGCAAAACCAUUAGUAUUUGAAUCAUUUACACCGGAAAUAAUCGAAAAACAAAUAAAAGAUCAUGAAGAAAUUCAACAUCAAAUAGAAAAUGAAAGUGGUAAUAUUGGUGAAAUAUUGAAUCUCUGUGAAAUGUUAUUAAAUGAUGUUGAUACUUGGAAAGUUCACUUUAAUACUGCUCAAAUUGCUACUGCUAUCCAAGAUAUUGAAAGCAAAUGGAAAAAAGUUUGUAACCUUUCAACAGAACGUAAGAAACGGAUUAUGAGUGUAUGGAAUUCAUUGCAAGAAAUUCAAAAAGCGACAGCUCAACAUGAACCAUGGUUACAAAAUAUCGAUUCAGAACUUUUGAAUUUAGAAAAAGAUUUAGAUAAAUUACCAAAAGAUAAAAUAUCAGAACACAUUGAAAAAACAGAUAUUUUAAUAAAACAAAUUGAAAAUCGUGAUGCAUCUUUGAAAUCUUUUGAACAAUUAUAUGGUAAAUUAGCUAUGACUGAUGGGCUUGAAGCCGAAAAUAUCCAAAAAUUACUUAGUCCAUCAAAAGUUGCCAUUACCAAGUGGAAGAGUUUGAUUCCAAGAGCUCAUGAUGUUAUUGGUAAAUUGAAUAAAGAUAUGCAAAUUUAUCGGGAAUUUAUAAAUAAUCACGGUAAAAUUGUUAUGGGACUAUCUCAGAUUGACGCUGAGUUAACACAAUUACAACACCUAACAAAACCACAUGAAAUUUCUCCAGAGGAACAACAAAAUAAAAUUAAUCGUCUAGAAAGAGAAGUUAAACAAAUUGAAAAUAAUUUAAAUGAAACUGAUUCAUUAGGUAAUGAUGUUCAAAAUCGAUUGAAUACUAAUGAUGCUGCCAAUAUUGUACGUUUAAUAACCGAAUAUCAAUUACUUUGGAAAGAUGUUAGCAGUCGUUUGAUUAUGAUUAAAGCUGAUAUUGCGACUCGUUUAGCCAGUCAAGCUGCUAAAGUAGCUGCUGUUGCCGUAAAAGAAACAAUUGAAACACCAAAACGUCUAGAAACUGAUUCAGCUGUACAAGUUGAUACAUUAACCAAAAAGAAAAUGUUACCACGUAUGACUUCUAUAACAGCUAAAGAUGCAUAUAUUAUGGAAUUAGCUACAGCUAUUGCCGAAUGCACAUCAAAUUUAGAUGAUUUGCAAAAAGCUAUAACCGAUCCAAAUAAAAAACCGGGACCACAAAAAAUAUCAAAAUUAAUGGCAAGUUGUCAAUCAUCAGUUGAAUUAAUGCGUCAUUUAAGUUCAACAUUAAUAAAUGAAUGCUCUGGUACUAAUGAAGAAGCUGAAGUUGAAACUGUAACAGAAUUAUCUUUAAGAUUUGAUACAUUAGUUUCGCAAUGGAAGAGUAGACAACAAAAAGAUCAAGAAGCAAGAACAUGCAUAACUGCUGCUUACAACCUCAUCUGUCCACAUGAUGCCGGUCGUCUUACGUGUCCAUUAUGUACACAAAGAAACUGGCAACAAAUUGAUAAUGAUCUAUGGCGCCUGGAACAGUGGCUUCAAUUUGCUGAGGGAACACAAAAAAAUCAAGGCUCACCACCAAAUAAUAUUGAACAGUUGGAAGAUAUUGUACAAGAUCAUCGGGAAUUUUUAUUAGAUUUAGAAAGUCAUAAAAGUAUUAUUGCAUCCUUAAAUGUUGUUGGUGAUCAUUUAGCAACACAUACAUUAGAUACUGAUAAAGCACAACAAUUACGGAAACGUUUAGAAAAAAAUAAUGAACGUUGGAAUAAAGUAUGUUUAAAUGCAACAAAAUGGCAAAAUUCAUUACAAACAGCAUUAAUGGGUAAUAAAGAAUUUCAUCAAAUUAUUGAUGAAUUAUGUAAAUGGUUACAAAUGACUGAACAAAAUAUCAAAGCGUCAGAACCCGUUGAUUUAACUGAAGAAAGAAGUUUAUUAGAGGCUAAAUUUAAAAAAUUCAAAGAAUUAAGAUCUGAAUUAGAACGUUGUGAACCUAGAGUUGUUAGCUUACAAGAUGCUGCUGAUCAAUUAUUAAAAGCAACAGCAAAUAGUGAAGAUUCAACAAAUAUAUAUACAAGAACACUUUCCAGGUUAACUGAUUUAAGGCUAAGAUUACAAUCCCUUAGAAGAUUAUCUGGAAUAUAUAUUGUUAAAUUAGGAGCUGUUCUAGGUUAUGACAGUGACAAUUUAGGAGUAUCAUUACAUGCUUUAUCAAGUGAGCUUCUGGAAGGAUCAAGGAUCCAGCCAUCUUCUUCUUCUGUUCUGGCAACAUCACAUUCCACUGACAGUGCAAAUAUCGACGAUAUAAAUACCGACGAAGAGAUCAAUACAACCGUACUUGCGAGAGGUUAUCGAUUUUUAGGCCGAGUAAUACGUGCCUCACUACCUAUUCAAGCUCUCAUGCUAUUACUUUUGGGUGUUGCCACACUUGUCCCCCACGGUGAUGAUUAUACAUGUAUGUUUUCAAAUACAUUUGCUAGAAGUUUAGAACCGAUGUUAACUUACCCAAAUGGACCACCACCUAUAUAGAAUUUAACAAAUAUUAUUAAUAAUCAAGAUACAAAUGAUGGAUAACAAAAAUUUUCAAAUUUAGAAUAAUAAAAUAAAUAAAAUAGGACUAUAUAUUUCAAUAUUAUACUAUUUAUCAAACCUGAAAAACGAACGGAUAUAAUUAUGAUAUACAUAUACAAUAUACCAUUAUGUACCCAAAUAAUAAAUAACAAAAUUUGAAUUAAAAAUAAAAGAAAAAAAAGUGAAAACGUUUUAUUAUAAGCAUAAUAAUAAACAUGUACAUUUUUUUUCUUUUAUUUUGAAAGUAUUGUAUUUCCAAAUGGAAAAUUCUUUAAUUGAAACAUUUUCUUUUCAAUGGUUCAUCUUACAACAACAAGAUAAAAGUAUUUAAAAAUAUAUAAAAUUUCAAUUUAAAUGCGGAAAACAAAAAAACAAAAAAAAACUUAAAUUUCAAAAUUUAAUUAUUUAAAAAAAAAUUAUAAUUAAAUAAAAAAGAAAUAAAUAAAUAAACAAAAUUGAAUGCUGUGAAUUUGUAAUUUGAUGUAGUAGAAGAAAAGUUGAAGAAAAAAAUACAUAUAAAAAAAUAACAAUAAUUAUAAUUUUAUAAAAUUUGAGAAUAUUAUAAAAAAUAGCAAAAAGAAAAGUUUUUUUUCCUUUCUUUUGUAAUUAAUCUAAAAAUAAAAGUAAAAUAACGCGAUUGGAAAUUUAAAAUAUGUAUAUACAUAUAUAUAUAGUAAAAUACAUGUAUAUAUAUAUAUAUAUAUAGGUAUAUAUAUGUAUAUAUAUAUAUAUAUAUAUAUAUAUAUAUAUAUAAAUUUGAAAAAGAAAAAACAAGAAAAUUGCCUUCAAUGUUACUAUAAUAUGAUAGUUAUAUAAUUAAAUAAAUAAAUUAAUAAUCCAAUAAUAUUUAAAAAAAAAUUGCAAAAAUAAAAUCAGAAAAAAAACUUCAAAUAAAUUUUGAAUUAAAUUUAGAUUAUAUAAGUAAUAAGUAUAUAUAUAUGGAUAAAUAUAUAUUAGAAAUAAUAUUGUAAGAAAUUUAAUUAUUAAAAAUUGAAAUAAAAAAAAAAAUAAAGAAAUUCAAUAAAAAUUUAUACCUAAGCAAAAAAAAAAUUUACAAGAAAUAAUUAAAAAUAAAACAGAAAAAUCAAUCGUUUAAAAUAUGAAAUAAAAACGAAUUUACAAGUAUAUAUGUAUGUACGUAUUUAUAUAAUAUGUACAUUAAAUUUAAACAACAAAAUAUUAAAACACAAAACAAAAACAAAUGUAAUAGAAAUAAAAUACAAAAACCCAUUAAAAAAGGAAAUUUUUAGGAAAAACAAAAAUUACAAUACAAAUUUUUUUAAAUCAUUAAUUAAUUAAUUAAAAAAAAAUAUAAUUAUUAUGCUUUAUUAUUUCUUUUAUAUUAAAUGUAAUGAUCAACAAAAUUAACUCAUAAAUUUAUUUAAAUAAAAUAAAACAUAGGAAAUAUAGUAGAGAUAAAAUAAAACAAGAGCUUUCAAAACUUUUAUACAAAACAAAAAUCAUAAAAUAUUCAAUUCACAAUAAAUUUCAAAAUCACCACAUUGCAAUUCACAUUAAAAAGGAGAUUAUGAAUAUUUAUAGUCGCAAUUUAAAAGAAAAUAUUCUUUUUAUGUUUUUAUAUUUUCAAAAAAAUAAACAAAUACACAAAAUCAUUUUAAAUAAAUAUACAAAUUUUUUAUUGCAAAAAAUCUAUUCAAAAAAAAAAAUUAAAAUAAUUUAAAAAUUAUUAGACAAGUAUUUCUUUUUGAAUAUUUUUUUAACUACAUUUAUUCAAGCUAUAUUUUGAGUACAGAAAUAGCCGACAAAAUGUCAUACCAAAACUCCUGAUUUCUAAUUCUAUUACCAGAACAUUAUUAGUUGAUUGAUUUACCUUUAUUUUUUAUUAUAAAAAUUCUUGUAAAAAAUUUAUUUUUUUUUUAUUGAUAUUUCUCAAAUAAUUUAAACGACUCACAAAAACUUAAAUAAAUUUGAUAUUGAUUUGUAUUUCUUACAAUAUAAAAAGCAAAUAUAUGAAAUAAAAUUAUAUAUAUAAUAUAUAUAUAUAUAUAUAUUAUAUAUAUACAAAUGUAUAUAUAUCUAUAUGAAAUAGUACUAUUAAAAGACUCAGACUAAUUUAUCAUAACAAAUAUAACCCAAGGAAGAAUAAGAAUAAUAAAAUAAAAUCAAAUAAAAUAAAAUUGCUUUAUAAUUAAAAUUUAAAAAUGAGAAAAUAAAAAAAAAGACAGCAAUCAAAAUUACAAAAAUUAUACUUUAUAUUUUAAAUCACGAUUUAGAAUUUUAAAAAACAAACAAAAGUAACAAAAACUCUUAGGCUUAUAAAUAAAAAAAACAACCAACGCACAUCACUUCUAUCAAAAAAUUCGCAAUAUAUAAAUAAAAAAAAAAAAUUACACAGUUUUUUAAAAAAAAUUUCUUUUCCUUAAUUUUAUUAUAAAAUUUUUUUUUUCUUGUUUUUUUUUCUAAUUUUUCAAUAUUUCUUACAAUUGUUUCAAUCAAUGUUUUUUAUUUUCUUCAAUAAUUUAUUGGAUUAAAUUGUAUUAAUUUUUUUUAUUUAAUUAUUUUUUUUGUUUUUUCUUAUGCCUUUUUAAAUAUAUAUACAUAUGUAUUUUUUAUUAUUUGAUUUUAAUUUUAAACAGAAAGUUAAUUUUAUAAUUAAAACUCAAAUCCAGAAAAAUUAUGGCAAUUUUAUAUAAUUUUAUGUUUAUAACAAAAAUAGAAAAAUUAAAUUUAAUUUAUUAAAAGAUAUAAAAUUUUCUUCAAUUUGUUAUUUAUUUAUUUAUUUUUUUUUUGUUUAUUAUAUUUAAAAAAAUUUUUGUUUAUUAUAUUUAAAAAAAAAAUCCUGACAUUUGUUUUUUUUUUGUUAAUAAGCCAUAUAUAAAAUAAUUGUGACUUAAUAUCCAAUAACACAAAGAAGUUUGAACGUUCUAAAAUUUGAUUUUGCUAGGGGUUUCAAACAAAAUAAUAAAUUAACUUUUUUUUAUCUCGCUACGGGCUUAUUCUAUUAAAUUCAAAAUAUUUUUUUAUUAUAAAGGUGACCCUAAAAUAUACAAAAUUUAUAAUAAUUUCUAAAUCCAAAAAAAAUUUAAAGUUUUUUUUUUGAAAAUAUAUUUAUGUAUGUAUAUGUUAUCUCCCAAACAUACUUCAUAAAUAUGUUUUUAAAAAACUAAAAAUUUUUAAUUUUUUUUUUUCUUACUAUAAAAAUAUUUUCUUUCAACUCAUUAUCUACAUAUUUUUUUUUUGUAUUAAAAUAUACAUAUGGUUUAUUAUAUUAUUUUACAUUUACAAAUAUUUCAAAUUUUGUGCUUUUCUAUAUUAUAAAGUAUUUCAAAAUUUGUAUAAAAUUGUAAAAACAAACAAAGUUUUCUCGCAUUCUCAAAUAAAAAAGAAAUAGAUCAAGAACAUUAUAAUUAUAGGAACCUUUAAUUAUAUAUAAAAAAAAAUUUUACAACAUAAUAGAAAAGAAAAAAAAAUUAUUUUCUAUAAAAAAAAAAAAAUAAAAUUAUUUUUUUAAUACAUAACAUUUAUAUUUAAAAUAUAAUUUAAUCUCAAAUAAAAACAUUGCCAUAUCCAAAUUGAAAAAAAGGUUCCUUCAUCACAAUAAAAUCAAAAGAAUGUACGUGCGUACGUACGUUUUAUUUUAAAAGAAAAUAAUUAAAAAAUAUCAUCAGGGUUUUUUUUCGAAAAUUCUAUAUUCUCCUUCACAUUCAAUCAAGGAGGUCAAUAAAAUUCAGACAUUUUGCAAUGAGAAAUAAGAAUAUCAUUUAUUAAUUAUAUUUUACAAGAGAAAGUUAAAUUCUCUUAAAAAUUUAUUUAAUAACAUUUUCUCUUGUUUAAAUUCAAUAUAUUCAGAAUUUUCGAAAAAAAAAACAAAACUCUCUAUUUUUAGCUUUUUAAUUUUUUUUUUGUCUAGAAUAAUAGAAAUUUGUAUUUCAUUCUCAGUUCAUUUAAUGCGCUGUUAAAAUUUUUUUUUAGUAUAUAAAAAAAAACAAUUACAUAAAAGAUUCUAAGUAAUACAUAAUUUUUUGGUGCUAAUUUUCGCUGAUAUAUAAAAAAAGAAAUGAAUAACAAUAAUUUUUUUUAUUUAUAUUAAAAAAAUGUUUUCUUAUAAAAUAGAAACACUAUAAAAAAUAUAUAAAAAACAAAUUUAUAUUAUGUUGUUGUUAAGCACGCGAUUUAAAAAUUUAAUUUUUAAAUGAAUAUUUAAAAAAAAAUAUAAAUGAAAAAAUAAAAAAAAAAUAAAAACUCUGUUAAAAUAUUAAUUAAUUAUAAUUUUUAAAUAAUUUAAAAUUUAAUUGUAAAAUGUAUUUUAUUUUUUAAUUUUUACAAAUUUGUUUUUUUUUUAUUUUUUAAAUGAUCCCUCCAUUAAAAAUUGCUUUUAAUUAAAAUUAAAUCACUAGACAGUAAAAAAAACAAAUACAAUGUUAUAUAAAAUUUAUUUUCAUUUUGAAACAAAAAAAAAAAAACACAAACAAUAAAAAAAAUUAAACAAAAAUUAAAAAAAAAGAAUACAAACCCACAAAAAAAAAAUAAACAAAAAAUUAAUAUUUUAAUAAAAUUUUUUUGAAGAAAAAUAAAAACUACAAAAAAAAUAAUGCAAAAACAAAAAUCAAUGAACUAUAGAAAAAAUAUUUAUAUAAAAUAUUUUUUUUUAACUAAAAUCUGUUAUUGAAUGCAAUUUUUUUAUUUUAUUCCCUAAUUGAAUUUAAUAAUUAGGGAAUUGAGUUGUUUUCCCUUUGUAAUUAAAAGAUCUAAGGAAAAUUUUUUAAAGUAAUUUGAUGCUCUCAUUCUUUGAAAGUAAAUUAGGUAAAAAACUAAUACAAUUAAAAAAAAAAAACAAAUAAUAUUGAACAGCAAAAAAUCUUUUUUGAAAAUAUUGUAGUAUUUUAUUAGAUAAAAUAACAAAUUUAGAUCUUUCUAAAUAUAAUUUUAAGUUAUCAUAAAAAUUACGAAAUCGAGAAUAUUGUCAGUUUAAUUAUGAAGUCAAAGACGAUUUUAUAGUCUUAAAUUUAAAAACACUUAAAAAUAAAAAAAAGAAAAAUUGCAUUCAGAAAAAAAAAAUUUCCUAUUUUUUACUUUUAAAAACCAAAAAAGUAAAACACAAAAAAAUUCAUUUAAUUUAUUUGUUUUUUUAAAAUUAAAUUUAUUUUCAGUUAUUUUUAUAAAAUUUCCCUUCAUAGUUAAAAACCGAAAGAUUUGAAACUCUAAAUACAAUAAAUAAAUAAUAAAAAAAAAUCAUAGCAACAUUUAAGAAUAAAAAUAAAAAAUAUAAAAACAGCAAUAAUUUAGAGAAAAAUUAAAAACAAAUAAAUUAAAUAUGAAAAAUUACAAAAACAAAUGUAAACAAAAAAAAAAAAAGAAAAUAUUAACGACAUUUAUAUAGUUAGGAUACAUUAAAUUUAUUAUAUAUAUAUAUGUAUAUAUACAUGUAUAUAUAUACAUUAAAAAAAUAAAUAAAAAAGAAAAAUAAAAAUACAAAAAAGGUAAAAAAAAACAUGUUAGGAUGGUCUUUUAUUUUUUAGUUUUCUUCUCUUGUUUUUUUUUUUAAUUUUGCUUUUAAACAAAAAUAUUUUUUUUGUUUUUUAUUUAAUUUUAUAAUAUUUUUUUUUUAAUUUUUUACACCAUAAAUAAUCAAUUUUAUAAUUGUUAAAAUAUUUUAUUAUUACAAAUUUAAAUUUAUUAUAUAUGAAAGAUUUUUAUCAUUAUUGUAUUUGAAUUUUUUUUUCUCUUUUUAUUUUUUAAAUUACAAAAUGCAAAAAAUAAUAUAAAUAUAA